GUGCGCGUGACGCAAACGCCGGGCGUGCCGGCGGCGGCGGCGGAGGCUCGGGGCCCCUCCCCCAGAAGAUGGCGAGUCCGUGCGGGAGGCAGGAGUGCUCCAUCGAGAGGCGCGGCUUCCGCCACCAGCUCGACUCGUGGCGACACCGGCUGCUGCGCUGUGUGGGUGAGGGACCAUGGGGGGGCGGAGAGGGGAGCGGAGCCCGGGCGGGCGGGCGGGUGGAGGGGAAGCGGACCGCUUGUGUGGAGAUCCCCCCCCUCUUUUCACCUCCGCCCCACUUCCCCUCAUCUCUCUCCACACAGUGAGGGGAGAGAGAGCGCUGAGCCCCUCCCCCACCCACUCCUCGGUUCGCCCGCCGGCUGACCGCGCGCGCGCCCUCGCUCGCUCCCUCCCGCGCGGAUUAGCCGCUCCACGCGCGCCUCUCACCCCUCCCCCUUCCUCGCGCCUCACGGAGCAACCGCGGCCUAGGCUCCGCCCCGCCCACUCCGGCCUGGUCUCUCCUCUCCCUCCCUCCCCCGCCCCCUCUCGGGAAGGUGGGAGGACGGGGGAGAGAAGAGGGCCCUUUGUUUGGGGGAAGGGGGUGAGCUGGGCUGUGUCCGCCGGAAUGGGUCAGGGAAGGAAGUGCUUCGGGUGGCCUCCUCCCCCCCCCCUCGCCCGACUAUAUAUUUAUAUAUAUAUAUUACGCCCCCCCUCUCCCGCCCCUGGUCAGAGGGUGAUUCGGCUUGGGAAAGUUACCCUUGCUGGGGAUGAUGGCAGAGCAGGAUUGUUCCGGGGUGACCACGCCCCUCUCCCAUUUCCAGAUUUUUGCACACAGGUCAUUCUUCCUUCCCCGUCCCCCUAAUCGGUUUGCUCCUUGCUUUCCUAUGUUCAGCCACAUUGUGUCCGUGUGGCCAAGAAGCUAGGAUCCUGCUCCGUUUAUCCCCUGGUGCUGAAUUGUGUAUAAGGAUGUGUGUGUGUGUGUGUGUGUGUGUGUGUGUAAAUAUUAUAGUCACCGAUUUACCUUGCAGAAUGUUCUCAGAUGUUAGGAAAAAUAUACCCUAUUGCCAUGAUACCUCUUGUUGAAAAGGUAGUAUUCCCCUAAAUCUUUUGGAUUGUGAAGAUGACAGAAUAACUUGCCUUGGAAUCUUCAUAAGCUGCUAGGGUUGAGAACCACUGUGCUAGGGAAAGCACAUUUACUUUUUAUAAAAUAUAGAAGCAGGUGAAAAGGUGCAGUUAUAUGGAAGGGGAUAUUAUUUAUAAUGCAGUCUUCAGUUUGAACUGACAAAGCUCCUUUCAUGUGAAAUACAGGUUUAUUUCAACAUGUAAGAGUGUUUUCUGCUCAUUUAAAUGUCUUAAAAAUCCCAUGUGCUUUCUCCUUUGAUUUCUUUAGAUAACAAUACAUCAUUCCAACAUGUUAAGACAGUAGCUUUGUUAAUACACAGAGAUGGACUACAUACUAUUAAACUUACAAUGCAGUCAUGCAUUCUUACUAGGAAUUAAUACCACCGUUUUCACUGAGGUUUAUCCCUUAAAUGUGACUUAGGGAUAGCAGCUUUACUAUCCUGAAACACUGAGUAUUUACUGAGUAAAAAAGCAAGGGCAGUAGAAGCAGAUAAUUUUAAGUUUCCUAGACAGCAAAAGAAGGAUGCUGAUCAUGUUAACUGUAAUUCAGCAAGUCACCUUAAAAUUCUGUAGCAGUGCCUGCUUUUCUUAAUUGUAAUUUAACUGCCUUUACAACUCUUGCUUAAACAGUAGCCCAACAGUAGUACAUUGUCAUAUUUGUUUAACUGUAUCAAAAAAUAGACCAGGGCUUGGGAGAGAACCACAAGCACAUCUGAAUGAUGUCACUGGUUACAAGGUGGGUCAGAGUUAACUGGUUGACUAAAAAAAGGAAUGGCUUCUUGCCUUUUGGAAAAGCUUCAGCAGGUAAUGCAUUAGAAUAUUUCUUCAGGAGAAAUAUGUGCUGUGAGUGUGCUUGUUUGUAUUAGCAUCUAUCAGUUAGGUGCCUGUCUCUGGAAGAUCAUUUUACUACUUCCUCUGCCUGAUGGAACUGAACACAAAUUUAUUCUUCAUUCUAGUAUCUUUUUUAUGUACUUGAAUGGUGGUGUUUGUGUCCGAGUGUUAAAGUAUACUAGAAGGUUAAAGGCUAGCAAUCGUUGCACAUAUCUGCUCCAAUUAUUUCAGGUCAUCAGUUACUUGAGUUGUUAUGUAUCCCUGUUAGUACUUGUGGACAUUUGUUUGAAAUUCUGUGAUUUGCAGGGGAGAUUGCUACUGAUGUUUUACUCAAGCUUGGUCAGAAAUACUAAGGAUGUCUGCAAACUCAAAAAAAUUAAUAUCCAGUGGUAGUCAUACUCGGAGUAGACCACUUAAGUAUGGAUUUCAGUGGGUCUACUCUGAGUAGGAAACAUCUUGGAGCACUUCUGUUGCCGAUUUGGAAAAAAUGAACAUAGCAUCUAGGGGGAACAAUUCUUUUUGCUUCUCUCCCCACCCCAUAGUCUUGGUAUCUAUGUGGGUGCACUUUACCCCCUUUUGUGUAAACAGAAGAUAUGAAGCAAAUGACUAAGCUGCGAAAGUUAAUCACCUAGCUAUCCAGAUUAUUUUUUGAGGUAAAGUACAAAAACAUUUUAGAAGGUCCAAAGUAUAAUUGUGUUUGUAGCAUUUUAUCUUGAUAGCAUUGCACCUAACAGUUUGAACUUCAAAUUGAUCAGUUUUAUGAGGUCUUAGCUUCAUAAACUUCCAGGGUGCAAUAAGUAUUGGUGAUAUUUUCCCCUGAUCUUUCUCUGGGAAAGUAAAAUAUUUGAGUUUAUGAGUCCAUUCCAAAUAAAACUUUAGUGGGUGGGAGGAUUGGUUUGGUUUGCAUACAGGACUUUAGGUUUUGUCUCAGGUAACAGUACUGGGAAAGAGAACUACCUGUGGCUUCAGAGGCAAGGUUCUAGUUCCAAUGGAAGACAGGUUGAUUAUGUGUGGCAGCUAUCAUUGGUCUUAUUUGGGCCAAUAAGUCCAUAAGAAAACUGUUGAUUUUAUCUUGUGUUCAUGGUCUUUGGUUAGGCCAUAUUGCAGUAACAACAUUUUUAAUAGAAGUCUUGGAAGAAGUAUGGAGAAAGUCCAACUGGGAUUUUUAAACAUCUAAAUCAGUGUUUGUGAUCCAGGGCGGGAGGCAGGCAUUUGAUGAUCUUGAGUGGGGACAGAAGUGUUCCCAAAAUAUGUACACUAUAAGUAAAAAAACAAAAACAAAAUUUCAAUCCAUUUGAGAAUUAAAAUAAAAUAAUGUAGGAGCCAGGUUUGAAGGGGAAGAGUGGGAUUUUUAUAUUACUAAAAGGGGGCAUGAGUUAAAAAAAAUAUUAAGAAACACUGAUUUAAAGGCUUUGAAUUUUACUAGAACAGAGUGUUAAAAGUUAGCAAGUCAGUUGUUUUGAUAGAACUAUACUCUAAUGAAGUUUAGCUGAGAGUAUUAAAAAUUGGAAUGGAAAUCUUUAGUUCUAUUCUUACCAAAAUAUGCUUUGAUUAAGUGAGCUCUCCUUAUUGCUCAGGAUUUGGAAGCAAAUAUAUAUGAUUUGUUUGAUUUUGCGUUGUUAAAAAUGAGGUCAUUUGCCUGGAUGCCAGGUCAGCGAGUUUAAGUUUGAAAUGAUAACCACUUGUCAUUUUACAAGUUAUCAGAUAUCUGUGCUCUAUGUAUUGUAAUAAAAAGUGCUAUAAUUGGUGCCAGGAAGGUUACAUGCUAAGAUAGCCAGAUUUUCAUCUUGCUGUUGAAAGCUACACAUCUGUGAAGUGAUAUGACUGAUUAUUGGGGGGGAUCACAUACCAAUAGUGUACCGCUGAGUUGUAGUUUUGAUUUGCAUGUUUUAGAAAUUAGGAGUGUGUUUUUCAGGGUUUGAUACGAAUCUCAUACCAAUUCAGGGUUUGAUACAAAUCUCAUUAAUUUGGAAUGCUCUGAGGGAAUAAUGGAAGUUUCAGAUAGAGGCUUGAUACUAAGGGCUACUUUCUAACACUUUCUAACACAGGGAACAAAGUCGACAAGCUUUAUUUUUAUGGUUGCUUUUGGUAUUGAUAAAAAGUAAUUCACAAGAUACUUUGAUUACCUAAUAUCUGAAUGUGCUAGAAUCUGAAAUUCUAAAGUGCUGCUUUAGAAUUUAUAUGCACCAGACCUUCAUGCAGGCAUCAUAGUGACACUCACACUUACCUGGCUCCAGAUUCCAAAAGAUGUAAUUCUGUGAAGCUGAAGUAUGAUACUUAAAAUUAGACGCACAGUGAAGACAAGGAAAGAUGUUCUGUCACUAUUCUGGUAAAUUUUAAUAAUCUGUCAGAAAAAUAAAAUCACAAUUUUCUUCUGAAUCUUAAUGAAAGUGCAUUAUAAUGUAUGUUUUGUUUCCUGUCGAUAGUGUACAUGCCAAUAUUUUGUUCAACCUUCUCCCUUUCAUAGGAGCUCCACUAAUAUACCCCUGAACCUACUUCAUACACUUCCCUGAAUAGUGAAGAAAAAAUGACCCCGUAAACCUUCAAUGUGCCCAUAUGUUUCCUUUUUUGUACAUGCUAUAACCUGCUGGAUUUGGCUCUAAGCCUUUUAAAAAUCAUGAACAUCCUGGGAAACUAAAAUCCAUCAUUAUGUAUGGUCUACAUAAUAGUAGCAUUGUAGAUUGUAAAUCAAGUACCUCUGAACUUGGGAACAUUGUGAGUGGGUGUGCAACUAUAGGUUGUUCAGUAUUACAUCUAGUUUUCAUUUUACAGUGCUAGAUACUGUAUAAAAGUUAAAAUAUGGAAUUGGUAUUACUAUAGAUGCAUACACUUACAAACCUUGAAUAGCCUGAUGGUUAUUCUUCCCAAGAUGUAAAGCAGUCAUGCUUAUUUCUUUGAUCGUGAAUAGAGGCUGUUUUCAUUGACUUCUGUUUGUAGGCUUUUCUGGUUGUUCAGCAUCAAAUAUGCAGGUAACUUGGGACUUGCAGAGCAGUGGAAAAUGUUAAAACAACAAAUCUUCAACAAAAUGCACAAUGCACAUUUAGAGAACUGCACAUGCUUUAGCUACAGAGACCAGCAUUCUGUUCUCAAAAUGUCUAUCUGAAGCUCAUACAUCUAUAAGUGAUAACUGAGAAAAUAAUUGAGCCCAGCUUUCAUGUGUUAUAAAAAUAGAAUAUGCUUUUCAUACACGACAUACAUAUAACUGUUCUAUUCAGCUAUCUCUACCUGUGUACAAAAUACCUUCUAACACUGUCCUCUGACCUAAGAUGGCCCUGGUUAAGCAGCAUAUAAGGUAAAGGUAAAGGUACCCCUGCCUGUACGGGCCAGUCUUGACAGAGACUAGGGUUGUGCGCUCAUCUCGCUCUAGAGGCCGGGAGCCAGCGCUGUCCGCAGACACUUCCGGGUCACGUGGCCAGCGUGACAAGCUGCAUCUGGCGAGCCAGCGCAGCACACGGAACGCCGUUUACCUUCCCGCUGGUAAGCGGUCCCUAUUUAUCUACUUGCACCCGGGGGUUCUUUCGAACUGCUAGGUUGGCAAGCGCUGGGACCGAGCGACGGGAGCGCCCCCCGCCGUGGGGAUUCGAACUGCCGACCUUUCGAUCAGCAAGUCCUAGGCGCUGAGGCUUUUACCCACAGCGCCACCCGCGUCCCUGUCAUAUACAGAUAUUGAAAUGUUUUCUUCUCAUUGGGAUCUUCCUUGACUAAAGAAGGAAACCCCUUUCUUUUGCAUCUUUUGUGGUUUCUCAGACAUGUGCUAAGAAUAUAUGGUAUAUGUUGCAUUGUGCUUUGAACUUUGUCUAAAUUAUAUAAAGUUAGUUACAGGAUUUGUGUCUGUUGUGAGAGCUCAGUGGGUGUUAAAAGUAUGAAACCUAACUCUGAGGACCUUGCCAUUAUUAGUUCAUACACUUAUUCCAUUUUUUCUUGGCCAAGAAAAAAAAAACUAUGCACAUUUAAUAAUGAGAUUUUAUAAACCAUUCGGAUUAUGUACAAAAAGGUCCAAAACAUGGUCACUGGUGCUUCUGGUUAAUUCUUGUCAUCUCAGUAGAGUAAUAAGGCUUGGUUAUUGUGUGUGUGUGUGUGUGUGUGUGCAGUUCUCCUGGGGAGAGAAAGAGCUGGGAGGGACUGCAGCAUAGGGAAGGUAAAUUGCACAAAUGUUCUGUUUCCUGACCAUUGGAAAUAAAUUGAAGCUCUUCUUACUGUUGCAAUUAUUCUGAAAAUGCUUAUUCAAAAAUUUUCAUCUUGAAUCCCAUGAGAUUAUAUUGAGUGAAACAGUUACAUUUCAUUUUUCUUGUAUUAAGUACUGAACUUAAUUUCUUAUCUACAUUAAGAAGACCAACUUGGAAAAGUUGGUCCAACACUAAUUGGCCAGAGUUCUAGGCAAAAAAAAAAAAAAAAAGGCAGCCAACCCUAAUAUAAAUUGACCCUUUUGUUUCCUCCUCCAGUAAUGUUCAAAGGAAUAAACAAUUGUAGAAAUUCAUUUUCGGGUUACGUUUUUAAAGGGGAAUGUGCAUCUCUUGCUUCCUUGCCACUGUUUUUGGGUGCUUCCUUCCUAAUUCCAUUUCCUCCUUUAGACAUCUAACUAUUUCCCCUGCUUCAUCUUCCACUCUCAGUUCUGAAUCCUUUAUUUCAAUACUACAUCAUAUGACACUUUCCCCCACCACAUCUUCAUGCCUAGCUUGCUGCAUGCUGACCACUGGCAAAGUCUCCCUCCCUCAGUGACUUUUAAAUAUAUAUAUAAGUAAAACUCUAGAUUGACCUCAGGGUCAGUCUUAGGGUCAAACUUACCACAUAAACUUCUAUGUUCCUGGAAUAUGCUUUGCUGAGAAUGAUACAAUUGAAGUAUAGAAUUUUAUUUAUUUCCUGUUGAAGCCAAACUUUCUUAAAAAAAGAAAAAAAGUUCCGGGGAAACAAAAAAAAUCUAUCUAGUACUGUAUCAUUGUCUAAGCUGGGGUAGACAGACAGUAAUUCAGGAUCUCUGGAUGAUUUUUGGUAGAUCAGCAAGUAUUUUUGACUCCCAGUUAUUAAACAAUGGCAACAAAACAACUUUCCCUACCAAAAUUAGUCUGCUGAAAUGAAGAUUAAUCUGGAUUAGACUGUUGUGUGAAAAGACACUAAACUCAAUUUGUUGUGAUCCUGAAAAUGCUCAGAAUACGCUCAAAGGCACUUUGUUCUUUAAUUAUGUGUGCCUUGCGCACGGCUCUGGUUGGUAGAUCUCAGAAUUCUAGUGAAAAAACAAAGUUGAUCUUACCAGUGUAAGAUCUGCCCACCCUGUCCUAAUCUACUAGUCAGAUAAGCAGUGUGUAAGAGUGAAGAAAGCUGAUUGGUACAAUGGCUUACAGCAAGUGACUCUAGCACAAUGAGACAAGAGUGUCUUUAGUGUGGCUUGAAGGCACAGUGUUGUAUCCAACAAAGUCAUUGCAUGAGCAGAACAACUUCUGCUUUUGCAACAGAACUUCUCUCUCCCCUGCUUUCCACAAAGCAGAUAAGGGUUGUAUGGGGGGAGGUGAGGGAAGGGAUGUUCUGUUGUGCCAGUGUUAGUCCUGCUUGCACACUGACUUGCACAUCACUUUUUCUAACUUCUUGCUCUCUUGCAGUCCCCUUUAUCUCCUUUUCAUCCAUUACAACUAAUCCUCUGUUUCCUUUGAACAUUUUUGUUGUGUGCUAGAAUUUCAUUACAUGUCAUUAGCACACUUUCCUGAAAUGUGAUGUGUUUUCCUUCGUAUGUUCCUAAAUUCAUUUAUAUUUUUGUUCCUGCUAAUGUUUGCAACAUUACGCAGUGUAGUACCAUCUGUGAAUUUAACUAACAUGCUGUUUACCCUUUCUUCCAGAUCCCGUUUCUGAUCCUACUUCCACAUUUGGGAGUAUGCAAGGGACAAAAACACCUCUUUGCGUAGCUUGACUGGAUGCCCCAAGACUAGGAUGUUAGUAUAUUUAAACCAUUUUCCUUCCUUUGUUAUGUUGCCAAUAACUAUUUGUACGUUGGUUGUUUGGCUAUGAUUGGCUAUUGUGGCACUUUAUAAAUAGCAGUAGUAAAAAAAGUUAACUUACAGAGCUUCUGUAAAGUUUGGCCAAGAUGUUGAAAAUGUGUGCCAAAAGCCUAGUGCCUAAUUAAUCCCAAUAUGAUAGGUUCUUGGAAGCUCUGACUACUGUCUGUUCCCUUUAUCAAGUGAGAGUUGAGAAAGCUCAGUAUUUUUAACUAAAAUAAAGCCAAAUGUACUUGGGGUCUGAUUUUAGGUGUCUGUUUCCCCAAAAUGGAAUAAAAACUUUGUGAUUAUGGUAUUAUAAAAUGGUUUGCAUUCAGGUGUUUUGUGCAAGAUAAUUUUAAAUAGUGGCUAUAUGUUGAGAUGAUUCUAGUCUGUAGAGACUUUAAUAUCUAAAACACAAAAAUAAUGGCAUUGGUUUUUUCCAUUAUUUUUAUUUGGUUCAGAAUAGUCUGUGCUCCAUAGUUUAAUACCAAUCUUUCUCAGUAAAGUCUCCAUCUUGAGUAGGUGAGCUGCAAAUUGCAUGAAAUACAUGACUUUGGUGUCUGCUUUAUUUAUUUCUUUUUAUUUUGUAAUGUGAGGGAUUGACUGAAAACUUAAUAAUUUGAUGGGUAUAGCUGAAUCAGCCUAAUAUGAAAACAUGGUUCCCCUACCAUAUUCUAAAUGCUAUGCAAAGCAGUUUGUAAACGGUCAGAUCCCUAGAACUUUCUCUUAACAGUAAUGUUAGCUUUGUCAAUAACUUUUCAGAAAUGUCUUUUGCUUCCCUUUGUUCAGUCUCCAAAUAAAGCAUGAAAUGAAAGAGAAAGCAAACAUACAGGAAGACAUAAUAGAGGUGUCCUGCUAUAACUGGAAUCAUAAGGGGCAGUGAUAAGAAUAAGUGAACAGGCAAUGCAGUCAAAGGGGAAGUUCAUUGGAGUGGGAGGGUGAAGGGGGAGCAUGGGAUGUGGUCCUUUUUGCCACUUGGCUGCUUGUCCAGGGGCAAUUGCUACUUACCAACUUCCUAUUCUUUGACACACCACUGGUCCAUCUAGUUACCGGCAGAGGUUCUCCAACAUCAAGCACUGAUAGUUUUUCCUGUCACUGCUGCCUGAUAUCUCUUAAGUGGAAAUGACACGAAUCUCUCAUAUAUUUUGUUUGGAAGUGUUUAACAGGAGUGAAUGAAAUACUGUAUGGGGUGAGUGGGAAAAUGGUUAAGUUCAAGAUGCAGAAAUCUGUGGUGAGGAGGAAUGAAUGAACCAGUGGAGUAUUUGAAAGUGGUUGAAAAAAGCAGAGAGUUGUGAAUGGGUAAAGGCAAAAAGGAGAUGGAAGGGUGAUUGGGGGGACAGUAGCAUUGCAGUAAGAUUGUGCAUAUCACUGCAGCAGACGAGAGGGGCUGUACGCUAAGGGAAUAGAACCAGAAAGCAGUUUAGGGAAGAUAGUUUUAUAAAACGCUACACCAUGAAUAGUAUAGUAUAUAUUAAUUAAUUAAUUAUAUUUAUAUCCUACCUUUCCUCUAAAGAGCACAAGGUGAUGUACAUGAUUGCUUUUUCCUUGUUUUAUCCCCACAGCGACCAUGGAAGGUAGGGAAGGAUGAGAGACUGAUUGGCCCAAGGUCACCCAGUGAGUUUAUUGUAAAUAAAGAGCAAUGUGCAGUGAUUAACUUGUGGUUUCAGUGGCAAUUCUGGGGCACUUGGCAUUCCUUCUCUGGAGCUCUGUGCCCUUUUCUGGUCAAAGCUGGAGCCACCAAGCCUAGAUGGAUUUAAAAGAGCAAGGCAGAUCAGGUCCAGCCAGGAAGUAGAGUAGAAUAGGAUCUGAGGCAAAUAUCAGGGACAAAAGGGAUGAAAAAGUGAAGCCUCUUAUACUUUGUGUGCCACAACAGUUUGGCCCCAAUGAGCAGGGAUAAGAGUGGGCAAGAAUGAUUUCUAGCAUAAUGCUCAUGCAAUUCACAGUUGUAUUUGGCCUUGAUUACAGAAGGACUCCAAAGCCCUUUCCAGAGCUGGCUCCAUGCUUCAGUAACAUUAAUUUGGUUUGAAUAGACACAAUGCUUUCCUAUAUUGUGCCUGUUUAACAUACAUCUAAGCUCUGAUUGAAUUACCACUGAUUGCAUUUUUUGCACCACAUUGCCAUUUAGCUCCCACUUUAUAUAUUUAUUUUCCCUAACCCUUGUGUAUACAGUACAUAUUUGCCAACUCAGAUCUCACUUCCUGCAUCUGACAAUUAUUCUUUUUAAGGUGCCACAGGAUUCUGUUCUUGGUGCAACAGACUAACACAACUACCCCUCUGGAAAAAUUGGUCUCUGGCAUGUCUGUCAGUGAGGGCUUUGGGGUGGAAAGUUACAGGAGGGGGGAAAAUCCUCUUAUUUGCCUUGCUUUCUCCCUGCCCUCCAUUUGCUUAGUAAAUUAAUGUUUUAGAUCAUGUAUGUGUGCUUGGUAUAGGGCAGUAGGAUAAGAGAUGGUCACAUCAGAAUUUUCAGAUCUCCUACCCUUGUGGAAAAAGCACUAGGGAUGCAAGUGACCCUCCAUCUCUUCCUCAACCCCCCAUACAAGUGGAAGCUGAUGGUUUUCUUUGCAGGCUGCCAGGGAAUGUUGGCAGCAGGGAGCAGCAUGUAUGCAAGAGCCCUUAGCCAGCUGGUGCUGGGAGUUAGGCUAAAGAGUUUUGGCAAAUGGCCAUCUGCCUAGGGACCAAAGAUAGGGGAAAUUGGAUGUAUAUUCUCUGAGGCCAAUCUACCCUUCCAAACAAAGUAUUUAAGUGGGGCUGCUUCCUUGCAGCUUGAAGGAUCACAAGAUGGGGAAAGUAAAUUAGCCUCCCAGAGCAAACUUUACUUGACCCCCCCCCUUUCACAUGUGAUAUGUUCAUAGGUCUCUUCUUUUUUAUAUGAGUAUUGAAGAUUACUAAUGUGAAAAUAAUACACAGGGCUGUGCAAGGGUAACUCUGGCUCAAAAUUCAUGUUGAGAAUCUUGCCUUCCGUUGUUUUGGGCUUUAAAUUUGGGGCUUGAAAAUAGAUGUGCUUAGAAGUUGGUAUGAAGUCUGGAGCCCUAUUUACGAACAGAGUUGUACAUUCUGUUGUUGCAGCUUCACCCCAAUUUUCACAUUUUAAUACAAGAUACUUUUAUCUGGAGCUUCAUUAUAUGUUAAGCAGGGCUGAUGUGAGUAAAAAACUCAAGGGUGAUAGUCAACUAAGUUUUACUUAAGAGUAGACACACUGAAAUGAAUGUACCUAAUGAAGUAAUGUUCAUUAAUAUCGGUGGGUCUACUCAGAGUAGUUCAGGGUUCUUGUUCCCAUGGGACAAGUAUGAGAGCUCAUCUCAUACUGGAGUGCAAAGUACAACCAAUCAAGCAGUGGGAAUUGUAAUAUAUAACCUCUUCCUGGAUGUUGAUUUACACUACUGACAAGAGUGGCAUAUGCUAGAUAUUUUAAACUUCUCACUACACUGCAUGCUGUGCCAUCAGGUGAGAGUUCCUCUUUUUUUUGUUAUAUUUUGCUACCCAGGGAAGGGAAGCCCUAUAUUUGUCUAGCUCAGGGAAGAUUUCUGUAGAUUAAUAAAUCCUUCCAUGUGUGUGCUUCCUUUGUUCCUGUUAAAAUCACCAUGUGUUAAUAAGCUUUUAAUUUGCACUUAUCCUUGCUGACCAUAAGAAUGUCAGCAAGAUAAAUGCAUGUAAAGGCGUUCAUUCUGGUAACUACACAAGAAAGUCCUGAAUGACAAAUUGCUGGCUGACUGAGAGAGAUGCGCCCAUUUGCUCUUUCAUCCAAUGCCACCAACUGUUUCCUGUUCUUUUGCUGAGGCAGGUAGGGAGAAAUGGUAUCUGCUGCUUCAAGCAGAGCAGGAUUCAGCUAUUACUCUUGUCAUGGCAAGUGUGGCACCACCCUCUAGUAAGCAUGAGGAGUGGCCAGCUUUCCUCCCAACUUUGAAAACCAGGGAAUGGGGAAGGAUCAUCCCAGAAAUGUCCAGGCAAUCACUGCCCCCUUCACCUCUCUAAAGUUGGGAGGAAGGCUAGGGAUGGUAUUGAAGUUGUGUGAUUCAAGCCUGUGCUAGAAAUUCACCAGGCACAUUUUGUGACUGGUGCAGGUCCAAUUGCGACAUGUGGAGAUCUGUGGAUGCCAGGUUGGCAACUUACAUCUCCAUCUGGCUGGCCCCUCCAGUUAUCUUGAGCAGGUAAGCAGAAGAGCUUAUUUAUUGCAUUUAUAUCCCACCUUUUUCUCCAAAGACUACAUGGUUCACCCUCCAUCUCAGUCAAUCCCUACAAUGACCCUUUGAGGUUAGGUUAAGAGGCUGUGACUUGUCCAAGGUCACCCAGUGAGCUUCAUGACUGAGUGGGGAUUUGAACUCUGAUCUCCCAGGUCCACACUCUGACCGCUAUACCAUACUGGCUUCCUAGAGUACUUCUGCUAUUGGGCUGCUGUAUAAAUUAAAUUGGUAAAUAAAUAUUGUGAAAGCAAAACAAUGUUUAGAGAAGGAUAUUAAAUAUUUUCCUUGGAUCUUGAAUUUGUUUUAUUCUGGAUUGUUUUAUUUGAUGUUUUAAUGUGUUGUAAACCACUUUGAGAUUUUUUUAAAAAUCUCAUAUGUAUGGUAUAGUGGUAUAGAAAUGUGGUAUAGAAAUGAAGUUAACAACAACAAACACAUGACCAUAACCUAGGUUUAAAGUGCAAUUUGUCAAUUAGCUUAUAUAUCUGAGUUUCUAACACUUAUCCAAGCCUCCUGGAGUUCUUGGUCCCAGAGGGACAAACCAGCAAUACCUCUCCCUUCCUGCUUAUGGACGUCUUGGGUGCUAUUUGAAAGCAAGUGCUGUUGCCUUCACCAGCUGAAUCCCCCACAUUCCUGCCUCUCUUUCCCACAAGAUAAAGAGGCCUUUACAGUUGUUGCUUGGGAGACAGGCCCGGAGCUCUGCUUCUGAGCAGCUGAUAAAGCUGACAUGAUCCUAAGCACUCUUUUCUGCAAGAAAGAGGUGGUAGGGGUUCCAGCCACUGCUUGAUGAUGGUGGUCCCCUGCUGAGUAGUGGCUGAAGUUUGCAUGUUCCCUGAAGGCGAGGAAGGUGGGGAUGUUUCUUGAGCCUUUGCUUGGUGGAAGGGCCAGAGCUCUCUCACUAAGCAUUGGCUGAAAUUCACAAGCUUCUGGCUUGCAGGAAAGGUUGGGCAGGGGGAUAACUUCUUUUGGUGUUGGGCAGAGGUACUUGCUUCUAACAAGCCAGCAGUGGGGAAGACCCUCGCAAUCACAAUUUUUGGAUUGGCUGACAGUACCAGCCCCAAAUCUUAGACGAUUUAGAAGCCAUUAGUCCUAAAAAGGCUGCUGUUACUUCUAGGAAUGGAUUUCACUGGUCAAUUCUUGCUCUGGCUGUGCAGGAAGAAAUUAGAUUUCAUUCUCUUGGACCACUCUUAACUAAUUUUAAAUGAGAAGUAAAACUGUUAUCAUCCAGUGUAAAGAAUAUGCAAACUGCCAGCAGGGGUCUUAGGCAGAACAGUGCAGAACUAGGGAAAGAACUCUGCUGUGCAUGGUGCUUUAGAAAUUCUGGCUUCCAUAUUGUUGAAUUCACAAGACUGCAUUUGCUGUUGCAUGUAAAGAGAGUCAAACACUUGUAAAAAAAAAUUAAAAUCCUUGACUGUGGCCUGUGAAGUUGUGUCUGGCCAGCAGAAUAAUCUCUUAUUUAAAAAUCUUUGUUUCUAGUCUAAAUAUUAUUAAAGCAAUUGGAGGGAAAAAAACGCAGUACUCCUCUAAUAAUCCAUUAUGCUUUUUCUGUGAGCAUGAUGAAGGGACAGUAGUGAUAUCUUGUAUGCUGGGUAGAAGAGGUUGUUGACUGGAUGUAGAAAGUGAGAGAAAAGCUUUUACAGUUAGGUAGAUUAAAAGUCAAAAGUACAUAAAGCUAAAGGAUGUGUUGGUUUUUUGCUCCCCACCCCCUUCAAAUCUAGAAGAUUAAGACACAGUCUGCCAAAGCAAUUACCACUUCAUGUGAAGGUAAAGGCAACGAUUACCUAGGAUCUGCAGAUUUGUUUCAUCCAUGUCAAUUAGGUUUUUGCCUAGGGAUGUGCGGGUGAUUACAUGAUGUCAGCAGAGAGCUGGGGUGGUAUAGUGACUAAGAGACUGAGCUACAAAUCAGGAAGCCCUUUAUUCAAAUCUUGAAUUUUGAUGGCUUUAGGCAAGUCACAUUCUCUCAGCCUUAGCCCCUAACCACAACAUGGGGUAAUAAUGCUGUUUUACUUUACAGGGAGUCUAUAAAAAAUAUCUGUAUUCAAGGUGUGUAUAUAAAGAUGAAACUGUUUGAAUGCUUUGCUAUAUAAUAUAUUUUUAGAAGAGACUAAAUAUGUUUUCAGUAAGAGGCUGAGUGUGUUUCGCUUUUCUCAUUCUCUCUUUCUUGUAAUAAGGGAAGCUGAAUUCUACAACUUCUAUAAAUUAUGAAUAUUCAGCAGAUAUGCAUGAUUCCUCUUACUGUACUUUGCAUAAUUCUGCGAUUUUUACUCUUCUGCAUAACUUACAUUGUUUUUUGUUUGUCAUGGAGAAGGCACAAAGCUUUACAGUGUGCUGAAGUGCUGUUCUCUUAACUACUGGAAAUCAUAUUCUGCAAUUCCUCUGGCUUCCGACAUUUCAACAAGCAACACCCACACAUUUCCAAGCAUAUCUUUGCAACAUUAAUGCUUCUUUUUUUAAUAAAAAACUCUGUGUACAUGUUCAUCACAUAUGAUUAUUAAUAUGUGUGACUUAUGUUGCAUAUACUGAAGUGUGUGCAUUUGGCACAUGUAGCUGUGUACAUAGGAUUUAUGUGCAAUGUAUGUGAAGGAUGUUCUUAAAAUGCGAAGUUGAUAUGAUCCUUAAAGGCUAUACAGUGUCUAUAUUAGAUGUUUGUCAUCAAUAGGAUCUUAGUGAAGGUGGAAGUGAUGCUGAUGCGAAUCCCUUGGAAGAAUUCAAAGACACUCAUGGAGUUAAUGUAACUCAUGUCCUGCUCUGUGGCCGAAUGAAUUAAUUUGCACAAUUCCUGAUAAACAUCUAUCCUGUUUUCACACAAUCAUUUAUAUGAAAUCUUACCACUUGUUAAGGUCACAUUCCUACAUGUAUGUAUAAUAUAUAUGCAUUACAUAUAUACAUUUUGGUGUGAAGUUCUUCAUUUUGAAUAAUCACUACGGAAGUAACAAAGUCAGUUUAUCUCUUGAUGAACAGAGCCAAAAGUUUAAAAAUUGCUUUACCCAAAGGAGCCAACAUAUAUACAUACUAAAUUUGCAAGAACAGUGAAGUCAGACUUCAACUGUAAAACUAUUAGAUUUAAAAGAUAGGCCCACUCUCAUGUCAGGAUUGUGUGUGUAUCUGGGGCUGUGAGCACCCUUGCAAAGCACUGUCUUUAGUCACACUUGUAUUCUGCUUUUGUUCCAAGGAACUCAGGAUGACAUACAUGGGGGAAUUAUCCCAAACAACACUGUAGAUGAAGUUAGGUUGCGAGUGAGCUUUAUGACAGUGGGACCCAUGUCUUUGGUCCAAAGCCAACUUGUGUCUACUACACUAUGUUGGCAAGGCCCUGUCUCCCCCCAUGUAAUCAGUUGUUUUGGUAAUUACCGUAUUUUUCCAUUUAUAAGAUGCCCCCUAGUUUUGGAGACCCCAUAUUUAGAAAAUGGACAUAUGCACUAUCCGUGUAUAAGACGCCCCCAGAUUUUUAACCUUAUUUUAAAGUAAAAAAACCUAGUCUUAUACGGUACCUAUGUGUGCUGGAUUAGAAUGUUGAUUCCCUUGUAUCCUAUUUGCUAAUACUGAAGUAAAAACUGAGGCCCCACCUGCUCAUACAUGUCUUGUAGUUUACUUGCUGCUCCUAAGCAGCAAAGGAGAGUGGGAGUUGGCGCCUGCUGCAGGUGUUCUGUAGCUUUGUUGUUUUACCUCUUUCUCAGGUGUAGCAUCUUUAUUAGUGUGAAGUUGUGACUGGUGUCCCACUUUAUACAUAUUGUAAAUCUCUUUUUGAAGCAUACAACGCAAACUUUGUAAUAGUUUCUUAUUGAGAAUAACUAGAGUUUGACUACAUAUCCUGUCUAGAUGCUUUGUUGUGCAGUAGUCAUUGGAACAUGUUUUGCAAUUUCCCUUUAGAUUAUAAGUUAGCAAGAGUGUGCUUGGUCAGCUGGAGAUAAAUCCAUCUGCUGAAGGGAAAGCUUGCCACAUUGACUGACUCCUCAUCCCCCUAGCAAGCCUAUGGUAUCUCUCAAUGCACCCUGACGCACUGCCGCCAUCUAUAAAUGAGUGAAGUCUUGGCCUUUGGUUUGGUGAGUGGGUUGGACUGCCUGUGGAGUUGUUACUGGGUGGAUUGUAUUAAAUUGCCUGAAGUGCUGGGGAAGCACCACAUGGCCUGUGUGGAGAAAGCUUCACAUAUGCUGUACCCACUCAGUGCCACAGUUUUUCCUAACUUCAUAUAUAUGCAGUGAUGGAGACCAAGCUGCUAGUAAAUGAUGAGGAACAGGAUCUUGGGAUUGUGAUGGAGAGCUUCGGGACCAUCCGGUGUACUGCAGCUGUGAAAAAGGCAAAUUCCAUGUUGGAGAUCAGCAGGAAAGAGACAAAAAUUAAAACCCCUUGUGAUCUGGAUGUGUCUGUACAAAUCUAUGGUGCAGCCAUAGAGCUGGAACAACUCCAUGAGGAAAAGUUUGAACGCUAGGUUCUAUUUAGUUUAGAAAAAAAGGUGAAUUAGUGGGGGAUGAUAGAAGUGUAUAAUGUUAUGCAUGGUGUGGAAAUUUUGUCUCUCAUCAUACUAGUACGAAUUGCUACUAGUCCUGGUAGCUAAACAUUGCUUCCUGAAUCAGAGGUGGCAUGCCUUUGAAUCCCAGUUGCUGAGAAAUAACAAUGAGAAUGGGACUUGCACUCAUGUCCUGCUUUUGGCCUUCCCAUAGGCACCUGGUUGGCCACCUUGGGAAACACUGUGGUAGCCUAGAAAUACAGUUGAUGUGGUCCAACAGUGUUCUUAUUUUCAUGGUCUUCAGAAAAUAUAUGAAAGGAAAGAACCUUUUCUACCCGUUUGCAUGUUAGUUCUUUGAAUGUGAGUGUGUAAGUGUAUCAAAAUUUGUGAGUUUAUUCCACUUGAUACAGAAGACUGAGUAAUCUGAGGCAAGUGAGAAGCAAGAAUAGUAGCACAAAGCUCUUACUACAACUUUGUAAGACCAGUAUUAUAGCAGAUUACUAGUUUGAGUCAUAUACCUAAAGGUGUUCUGUAUUCUGUGCAGUUUGAAAGAACCAGGGAUAAGUCCAUUAAUUUCUUGCAGCUGCCUUUGCCAUCUACUCCACAUCACUGAGAACACAUUAUGACACAACACAUUCUGAGAAGCAAACCUAGGCUCAUAUUCCCUGGCUUGGCUAGCAUUCCAAUCCUCACUUUUCUGGAAAGGAAACAGGCUGGCUGGCUCACAUGCAGUCUCUCAUGUGAAACCCAGGCAAAAACAGUGUUUCUUGACAGACAUUUGAGACCUCUUGUAUGAAGUUUGGAAGGAAAGAACUAAGCUGCUUGGUUUCUGCUCUUCAGUGGCUAGGGAACACUCCAGGAGCAGUAGAAGGGGUUCUAGAGGGCUUUCUGUCUAGUCUCUAAAGGGCUGUAAUAGAGCAUUUUAUUCUGUGCCACAAAGUAAUCCUAUUUCCAUUGUGAACUUGUGUAGGUACCCAAUCUCCCUCUUUUUAUAGUGUGUGUUCAUUACAGGUGACUAGACAAAUGGCUGUGUAAAGCCAGGGUAUGCAAUAAGAGAUAACUGGCUAAGUAAAGCAAUUGAGAGAUAUUUUAGGGUUUAUGAGUCUUCAGUGUGAUGAAUUGGACUCAAAAGACCAGGGCCAGCCUAGAUUCUGUGCUGAACUGUGUUGAGCUUUGAAGAUGAUAAUGCAGCACAUUACACAAGGAAAAGCUUAAGGAACUGUGUUUGUUUUAGCCUACAUGAUGCAAUGUGUGUGUGCAUGUGUACAUCAAAAUUUUCCAAAAGAUUUAAUUAUCAAAGAAGGGGAACAGGUCAUUAAACCAUUAGCCUAAAAUACAAGGUUAGAUAAUAGGGGAAAUGGCCAGUUUUCAUAUUCUAGGUGCAUAUAUGCACGCGCACCCCCAUACCCCACAGUGAAAUUUAUUUACUACCAAAUUUACCCGUAUUUUUCGCUCUAUAACACGCACCCGACCAUAACACGCACAUAGUUUUUACAGGAGGAAAACAAAAAAAAUAUUCUAAACGAAACAGUGGAUGUAUGAUUUUUGUGGUUCAUGCUGUGGCCAAAGACAUGUGAUCUGACGGUGAGUUUGAGGUAGCCCAAUGCAAAAAUCCUGAGGAUCCAUGUGGAUCCAUGCUUUGUAACCACGUUUUUGCACCACUGCGGCCCCAGGCAACAGUGGGUACGUGAUUUUUUUGGUGCAAGCUGUAGCCAUGGCCAUGCUAUGUGAUCUGAUGGUGAAUUUGGGGUGACCCAGUGCAAAAAUCCUGAGGAUCCAUGUGGAUCCGUGCUUUGUAACCACGUUUUAAGUGGGGAGGGAAGGAAAAGCACUCAAGGGACAAGGAACACGCGUGGGGUGGGUGGAGAAGGAUGCUGUUAAUUAUGGCGAAGAGGGGUAUAAGAGGAGAAGGCUCCUCUCCUCUCCCACUUUGCUCCUUUAAAGCAAGCAGGCUCUGCUUCUCUCCUUCCUCCCCACUCAGCUUUGCUAUUUCAAAGCGAGCCACGGAAGAGGGAAGGAAGGGGAAGCAUGAUCCUCUGCUCACGACUGCAGCAGAUCCCCCCGCCAUCUGUAGGCAUUCGCUCCAUAACACGCACAGACAUUUCCCCUUACUUUCUAGGAGGAAAAAAGUGAGUGUUAUGGUGCAAAAAAUACGGUAACUGUGCAAAUUGUUUUAAGUUGUUUUUCAAAAACCAAGUUCAAUUUAGUUUGAAAAAAGAGCUGCUUAAUGGGCUACCUUUGAAGGUGACCCGGAAACUACAACUAAUCCAGAAUGCGGCAGCUAGAUUGAUGACUGGGAGUGGCUGCCAAGACCAUAUAACACCGAUCCUGAAAGACCUACAUUGGCUCCCAUUAUGUUUCUGAGCACAAUUCAAAGUGUUGGUGCUGACCUUUAAAGCCCCAAACGGCCUCAGCUCAGUACACCUGAAGGAGCUUCUCUACCUCCAUUGUUCUGCCCAGACACUGAGGUCCAGCGCCCAGGGCCUUUUGACGGUUCCCUCACUGCGAGAAGCAAGGCUACAGGGAACCAGGCAGAGAGUCUUCUCGGUAGUGGCGCCCACCCUGUGGAACACCUUCCCAUCAGAUGUCAAAGAGAUAAACAACUACCUGACAUUUAGAAGACAUCUGAAGGCAGCCCUGUUUAGGGAAGUUUUUAAUGUGUGACAUUUUAAUGUAUUUUUAGUCUUUGUUGGAAGCCGCCCAGAAUGGCUGGGUACAAAAUAAUAAUAAUAAUAAUAAUAAUAAUAAUAAUAAUAAUAAUAUCCAAAGUGCAAGAAAAUGUGUGUAUAUGCAUGCAUCAAGAUACAGUUUCCUUUCAAGCAACUCUUACAAUAAUUAAUCAGUGGUCCUUCUAUAGUAAAUAAUAGCUAAUUUCUUGUAGAGGAAACUUUAGAAAAUCCAGGUACCCUUACUCAUUUUUGUAGAAUGAAAACACCAGCAAGCCUGUUUUUCAUUGUAAAUGGCCUUCUCUUAUUGCCAAGUCUUCUUACGUAAAAUCAGUUGUGAAAUGUUGUGAAAAAUAGCAAAAAUAAAACAUCCCGAGUCUCUUACAAUUCCUGCUCUUAUGCUUGUCACUGUUGUACAACUGCUUCUCUUCAGCAGCUGUAAAUGAUCAAACAUGCAUGUGAAUGAUGAAGGUAUGAAUACAGGAAUUUAACAGACAGCCAUGUUAAUUCUUUUCCUUUGAAAUAUAGAGAAAACAUAAUCUGUCAAAUAGGGAAGGAAGGAAAAUAUCAUUGGAGAAAGGAAUGUUCUCUCCUAUCUCCCUAAGAGUGAUUGAGACAAAUCCUAGUAAAAACUAGCCAGGAUCUCAUUUUUCAAGAUCUUUUCAGGGUAUUUGUUGCUGAUACAUGCGCAUGCUUUUUCUGGACUCUUAAGUGAUUGAAAGUAGCAGGCAGGUCAUAUCCCUUCAUUUCUGUGUUGCUUCUUGCUGCAUGUUGUUUGCUGCUGCAUUAUGCCAAGUCCUUUAAAAUAAUUUUUGAAUAUAUUCAUUCUUGCCUUAUUUGGCGUUUUUGGUGACAAGUAUUACAUAUAAGCUCUUCUGCUGUUGCUAUGCAACUGUUAAAUCUAAUAUUUAAUAUUAAUAAAAAUCAAGUGGCAUUACCAUUGGUGAGAACAGUGAACAAGGUGGGAUUCUAUACCGUCCAGGCUGUGUAACCCACUUGGCAGACAUUGUGAAUUUUCUAUUGCAUUCAUAGCAAACUCCAUGGGACAUGAAUCAUUGGUAAUUACUAUUACAGAUAUUGUAAGAGGUUUGGGUGUGUUUUUUAAAGCAUUCAGCCUUGCACAGAACUAAACUGACUGUAAUCUUAAGUAGUAACAUUUAGAUACUAACUACACAUUACAUGCUUUUGUAUCCAAGCUUUUUGUCUACCCCACCCAGUUUUUCCAGUUUAUAUUCUUGAGAAAUUAAAAACCUAGGAAAAGCUGCUGAUUUCAUGUAUACAUUUUUGAGGGGAGGGGAGUCCAUGGAUUUAGAAGAAAAACAAACAUAAAGUCAUAUAGGAAUAUCUAAUUUUGGAUGGUCUGAUACAGCCUACCAACUAAAGCUUCUGAUAGCAAUGGUACAGAAAGAGAUGUAGGAAAACAAUAGAUAUCCCAGAUAACGGAUAAAAGAACAUCAGCAGAAUACAUUAUCCAUUUAUCCUGUUAACAUUACAAUUAUGGGGAAGGGAAUGGUUUUUAAAAAUAUCCCUGGGAAUAUUUCAGCUUAUCCCAUUUUUAUAUUGCCUGCUAUUCUAUCAGGAAAAGAAUCAGCAAUAUGAAGAUAGAGAGUUUAAGGACCUAUACAGGUUAGGAGACUAAUAUGCCUGAACAAACAAAAAACCAGGAUAGCCAUUUAAAUAACAAUUGUAAAAUAUAAAGUUGCUGACUACAAAUUAGUUUUUCCUCUGACAUUAAAGUAAGAGCAGAUGCAAUCAGACUUGUAAUAGAAUAUGAACAACUACUAAGCAUAUAGGGAUGGCUUCAUAUAUAGAAGAAUAGUAAAAUAAUCUACGACACAACAGAAGGUAUAGUGGCUAUAGGAAGAAAAGACAUGGGGGAUAAACUACAAGGAGAACAAUGGGAAUCUAUGGACUAAAAGACCCUUUAAAUCUGUGUCAACAAAGAUUAGAAUGCAGUCAAAAUCACAGAUGAUAUUUAACACCAUUAGAAAUACGCCACAUAUACAGUUUGCCAAGCCCUCAGUGUUAUAGAGGAUGCCUAGAAGUGGCAAUGUUCUAACACAUGUGAUGGAAAAAAACAAUUUCUGGCAAUUUGAAAAACACUUUCUGGCAUUUUUUUCUGUGUGUAAAAAUAUUACGGCAAUGCAUAGAUGUACGCCCAAACUACCAUGUGAUUUGAAGGGCAGAACAAAACUAUGCCAUACAAAGAAAUGUUACUGUUUAUCUCACCAGCAAGUUGUAGAUCAUUGUGAGAAACUGGAAGACAUAAGUAAAUCUUGCUAGAACAAUGGUAUUGCAAGCUUUGGAAAGCAGGCUAUUGGCAAAGCUAACAAAACCACUGAUUGAGGCAGGAAAAUAAACAAAAAUGAUUUUAUUGAAUAGUGGAAGUAUUUUAUAAUUUAGAGUAACAUAGGACGUCACCAUGGAAUAAUGAACAGGAACAAAAUUACAUGCGUGUACAAGUAGAAUUUAAUAAUAUUUGGCCUGCUUUGCAUAUAAUGUAAAGCCAUGCUUUGUUUAGCCUAGGUAUGGUUUGUUGACACGGAUGGCACUGUGGUCUAAACCACUGAGCCUAGGGCUUGCUGAUUGGAAGGUCGGCAGUUCAAAUCCCCGCGACGGGGUGAACGCUCAUUGCUUGGUCCCAGCUCCUGUCAACCUAGCAGUUCAAAAGCACGUCAAAGUGCAAGUAGAUAAAUAGGUACCAUUCCGGCGGGAAAGUAAAUGGCAUUUCCAUGUACUGCUCUGGUUUGGCCAGAAGCGGCUUAGUCAUGCUAGCCACAUGACCCAGAAAAACUGUCUGCGGACAAGCGUCGGCUCCCUUGGCCAGUAAAGCGAGAUGAGCACUGCAACCCCAGAGUCGUUCGUGACUGGACUUAACUGUCAGGGGUCCUUUACCUUUAUGGUUUGCUGAACUUGCAGACCCGACCCAAGAGACUAACCAUGGUUUCUUUUCUGGCUAUGCUUUGAUAUUAUGUCCAUACUCUAUAGCCUCACUUAACAAUGCUUUGUUUUGCCACCCCACCUCACUCACCAAGUUACAAAGGCAUGAGGCAAGAGCAGGUGGAGAAACAGGCCGUGACUUGUUUGCUUAUGUGUGAAACAGUUCAUAUAUAAAUGCAAAUAGAUAGAAAGAUAGAAAGAUAGUUUGUUGAACAAAGCAUGGUUGAAACAAACCAUGGUUUAGUGUUAUAUGCAGACACAGCCAUUCUCUUGUGGAAAGAGUUAAACAAAAUAUACCAGCAAAAUACAUUAUUGAGUUAUUGUUGUUGUAAAGCAAAUACAAAUAUUUAUAUAACAUCUACAUGUUACAUUGCAUAUGUGCAUGAGUGCCCCAACACUUUUUUCUUCAAAAAUAAAUAAUUGUCAUUUGCAGGAAGGGACAUUUCUCUGCUUGCCAUUUCUAUAUUUCACAGAUUCUUCUCUGGCUUUUAUUUUUUAUAAUAAUAAAGCAAACGGUUCUCUGUUGCAAACAUGUGCAUAAUAUACAGAUAGUCUUUUAGAAUUUUAACUUUUUCUUAGUAAUGAUGUUUCCCCAGACUUGACUGUGACUUAUAUUUCUGUCAGUUUUGCUUUGUAACUUUUAAAAGUUAGCAGAGUAAUUGUAAGAUAAUGAUGUCCAGCUGCAUCCAUUGUAUUUUGGCUUAUUGUGUGCUCAUUGCAUUACACACAUGUAUAUUUAUUACACUUCCCCCUUCUUUUCUCUGUAUUUUUGUCUCUUUGUUUGUGCUUCACCCUGAUAGAUUUGUUGUUAGCUGAUCAACAUUGAUCAAGAGAUGCUUCUGUUAGCAGUUUCAAUCCACAGUAGCAAUUUUAACCUCUUAUUAACGUUAAAUGAUAGAAGUGUGUUCUAAGUUUUACAUCUGAUACCUAAUGACUGUAACACAUCCAAAUUUGCAAUAUGGUUCUUGUGUAUACUUUAUAAAUGAAGGUACAACCACUGGGUUGUGAAGCUUGUUGGAGAGAGAGAGUCAUGCAUCUCUAAAGCAAAAUUGCCCUAUAUUACACUCUAUUGUGGCUCCAAAAAUAGCUGUUUCAUUGCUUUUUUCAAGGCUUUCUUGAAAAAAAAUCAUUUUCUUUCUUGACUUCAAAUAUUGCAGUAAAAGUAGAAAUUAUACAAGUGCAAUACUGUUAAGUAUAUGUGGAAAUUGUACUACAAAAUCCCAAAAAUGUGUCUUAUUUUUCAGAGCAAACUCUCUGGCAGAAUUAACAAAUGUCUCCUAAAAUGUCCCUGGUAUAUAUGUGUCCCUGGUAUAUAUAGGUGCUCCUUUCCUUAUGGUAUGGGUAACGGGUAGCUAGUUUGGCUAUCUCUUUAGCUGCAAGCCAUGAUUUAGAUUAACAAUGAAUUUACAUUUACAAAUAGUGGCAAUAAUUGGGUGGUGGUGGUAGAAUCUUUUAGAACACAAACACACUGCACUCUUUAAAAAGGCAUAGAAAAUCUUCUCUGUAAUAAACAAGCUCAUACACAAUGCAUGCACACUGUAUUUUGCUGUUUCCUUUGCACCUUAGUGGCUUUCCUUUUUCUAAGAAAUACUAAGACUUUAAGUUAAAAAUCUUUGCUUUAAAAUGGGAUCUAUAAGAUGAGAAAAAUACAUAUUUUUAUAACCUAAAAAGAGUGGUAGAUUUUUGUGGAAAAAUUAAUUGCAUUGAUACACAAACGUUUCCAUUUUUUCUACCAUAUACUUCUUAAUUAUUAAUAUAGUUAUUUAGUGUAACUCUUAAAGAUAAUAUACAUAAAGGCUCAUUUCUCCUCCCCCAAUUUAUUUGUCAUGAUUGACCAGGAGGCCUUGAGUUCAUUGCAUAAAAGCAUCCUAGGAACAGAUGAAUAAAGAACCAUUUUCAAUAUUCUGACAGUAACAUAUAUUAUAGAGAAAGCUAACUAUUCUUUCUUUGCUUUUAGGAUUUGAAAGUAUUCUAGAAGGGCUGUUUGGACCUGAAUUAUUAAAAGAUCUGAGUUUGUUUAAAGGUAUUACAUCUCCCCCCCUUUUUUUGCCUUGAUCUGCAUUUCUAAUGACAAAAUCAACCUCUGCUCUGCCUCUAGAAAUUGUAUGUUACCUUGGUGAUUUGUGCUUUUUCCCUCCCCCCAGGCAAUGCUCACAGUUAGUUUCAUAUUGGCUAAAAUUACUAAUGAGCAUGCCUUCAUCUCUGUAUAACUGGCAGUGGUUUUGGUGUUGCUUAGGAAAAUCAGCUUUGUGUGUAGGCAAAUAUUAUACUUUUGUAACAUUGUGGAAUUAAAAGCAUGACAAAAUUCAAAUUUGUGUUUUCUGAAUUUCACCAAGUGUCUUCUAAAUCAUGUAGUGAAUUGGGAAUGAGCUUUAGCCAUAAGCAAGUUGUGGUCUUUAUAGAUAUGAAGUAACGGCUUCUUCUUCUUCACAGACUUUGAGCCUGAAGGUGUCUCUGAUUGGUCUUUUGAUGAAAAUUGUCUUUUCUGCUGUUUGAGACGAGAGAAAGUGAAGGUAACAAAGAAAAUAUGCUCAGUUUUUUUAAAAAAAGGAUUUGGGUUUUUAUCUGGCUUUAGUUUGGCAAAAUAGUAAUGGGUAGAGGAACCUACAUUUGCUUCCUUAAAGUAAAAGGACAUCGAACAAAGGAAAAAGAAAAAGAAAAAGAAAAUUGGGCAGUGGAGGUCUUUUCCUUUUACUCAUUUCCUAUUUAGAGGAAUCUAUAUUGUCAAGGGGUGCUUAAAUUCUAUGUUGUAUGUGAAGGCAAAUGGUACUCAAUUCCUUCAGUGGUUGCCAACUGUGAGGUUCAGUCUAUAGGAGCUACCUAGCAUGUCACUUUGUCUGUGAUUGCAAUAUAGAGUCAUUUUUCCUAUGUGCACUCUGUGGAGAUCUAUUGCUUCACUGCAAUGAAGUUGUGCCAUAAGAACAACUGAAAGCUAUAUCUGCCAGAAUCUAACUUCUUUGCUUGCUUGUGGUUCUUGUAUAAGUACCUAGCAUGUGGGUAGAGUUCAGGCUGAUGGCAGCUGUUUCAUUCUCCGCACACAUUAAUCCACAAUUACCAAUAGAUAUUAUUAGCUUUGCACCUUCUUUUCUUGGCAUAGUGGACUGUGUACUACAUUCACAAGCUUUUCUACUAAUCUUUAAAUAAGCUAUGCACCUUUGUCAGUAAACUCAGGAGAUACUGCAGUUACUUGCGGAGUCCAAUGUCUAGAGGAGCGACAAGUGCCUUGCUGUUUUUGGAAGUAUCUUCACACUGUACAUACCACCACUGUCCUUUUUUGUAUCAUUAUUAAAGUGGGGAGAAGAAAGUAUUUUGUAAUUUAGGCAGAUCAGAAUGUGGACUGCUUGGAAAGCAGAUGUUAGUGACCCUAAUUUUAAGUGUAGGAACAGCACUAUGCUUAUGGCACUUCUCACCUCACUGCAAGUUCUCUACCUAAUUCAUUCUUGUUUCCAUUCUGAAUCCAUAUAUGGCUAUUAUAGCGUUAGGCAGGCGCUUCAGCUGAUGCAUGUAGGGUACAUAUCCUUAAGCCUAGGGUCCAAAGUGUGGGGACUGUGGUGCCCUCAGACACCUCCUUGGUGCCUGCCAAGACCCGCUGCCCUGCCUAAUAUUUAAUUUUUUAAAAACUGAUAAUUGUUUUGUUUGGGGGAAAGUUGCCUGCUUUUUCUUUGGCCUGCAUUUUGUUUGUUUUGGUGUGUGUGUGUUUCUGUGUCCAUGUAGGUGUGUUUGGCCUGUUUUUGGAGGAUCCUGGGCAUUGCCUGUUCUUCUGUGAAAUGGUCCUGGGGCUCAUAAAGUUUGGAGACCCCUGAUUUAUGUCCUUAUGCAGUGAAUAUUAAUCUGUUUUCAGGAAGAUGGAUAUGAAUUUGCAGUGCCCCUGUGGGUGGUGCUGUGGUGUAAACCACAAAGCCUAGGGCUUGCUGAUCAGAAGGUCAGCAGCUCGAAUCCCCACGAUGGGGUGAGCUCCCGUUGCUCGGUCCCUGCUCCUGCCAACCUAGCAGUUCGAAAGCAUGUGCAAUUAGAUAAAUAGGUACCGCUCUGGUGGGAAGGUAAACGGCGUUUCCGUGCGCUGCUCUAGUUUGCCAGAAGCGACUUUGUCAUGCUCCCUCGGCCAGUAAAGCAAGAUGAGCGCCGCAACCCCAGAGUCAUCCGCGACUGAACCUAAUGGUCAGGGGUCCUUUUACCUUUAUAUUUACUCAGUCAUGCUGAAGGUAUUGAACAUUUUGUCUGUUAGCUCAGUUCUAAAGUUGCAGAUUGUUUUUGUCCUGUGAAAAAUAAAUGCUAGAUAAAAUAAUUUUAAGCUAGGUUGAUAUGUUACAUGACUAGUGUUAGUAUGCAGUUGCCAUCCUAAGUUAUGAUUGCAAUUCUCUUUUGAGCUUUGUUAAAUGUAUUUUCUCUCAGGUGAUGGAGAGACUAUUCAACAAGGCACUUAGAGACAAAAGCUCUAACAAGCAUAACUUUGGGACAACGUCCAAUAUAUUUAUCUGCUUGCAGAAUAGGAUUUCUGAUUUCUUUUCUCCCCCUACUGCCUCUGUGUGCCCCCAGUAUUUGCUCUGGAGAGUGUCUCAAUCCUCUGAAACAGAUAGGAGGUUUAUAAGUGGUUGCAGGGGGAGGAGAGAAAGGAGAAGCCCUCUUGUGUGAGCACUGCAUUGGAUAUCACUGUUAGAUAAUAAGACAUUUGAGGAAAAUCUGGAGGGAUGAAUGUCCUGAUAAGAAAGGUGUGUUUUUUCAGAAGGUACAUUAAAAAGUUUUAAAAAUAGAAAUAUAUUUGGUAGGAGCUCUGUAAUUCAUUUUGUAUUUUAGAUGAGCACAGAACACUUAUUUUAAGGACUGGGUGACAGUGAACAAAUUGAAACUGAACCCAGACAAGACAGUAGUGGUCAUUUGGAAGGCAGGACAGGGAGUAGGGAUUCAGGCUGUGCUUCAUUGAAGACACAGGUUUGCAGUUUGGGUGUGCUCUUGAACUUAGCCCUGGGCCUGGAUGCCCAGGUCUCUGUGGGGGCAAGAAGUGCAUUUGCACAGUUCAAGAUUGUGUGCCAACUGUACCCCUUGAUCACUGGCCACAGUGACAUACUCCUUAGUUACAUCCCAUUUGGAGUCCUGCAACACACUCUACACUUUGCUCAGAAACUUCAACUGGCUCAAAGAGCUGUGGCUAGAUUGGGGCCCAGGGUUGGUUAUAGGAAGCAUAUGUCUCCCUUGCUAUAACAGCUCCGCUGGCUACCAGUCUGUUUCCAGGCACAAUUCAAAGUGCUGGUUACAACCUAUAAAGCCCUACAGGGCCUAGGUCCAAGCUAUCUGAAAGACCGUAUUCCCUCAUAUGAACCUUCCAGGGUUCAUAUGAGAACUUCAGAGGAGGCUCUUCUCUCAGUUCUGCCACCCUCACAGUCAUGCUUGGUAGGGAGCCUUCUCAGUGGCUGCUCCCAGAGUUUGGAAUCCCCUCCUUAGAGAAGCUACAUUGGCUCGCUUCUUGUUGUAUUUCUGCCUACAGGUGAAGAGUUCCUUGCUUCAACAUGUUUUUGUGAACUGACUGUUUUAAUGAAAGAGCUGAUGCUGUGUUGUAAUUAUUGGUAUGGUUUUAACAGAUUCUAUAUAUGUAUAUAGUUUUAAUUCUAUUGAUGUUUCAUUUUUUUAAAUGAUUGUUAUGUUUUUAGCAGUUCUUACUUUUAUCUGUAAGCUGCCUUGAGUUUCGUCAGAGAAAAAGGCAGGGGAUAAAUCAAUAAAUACUAACAUCAAGGUAUCAUUCUUUCUCUUUGUCAGAUACAAAAUAUCAAAACUCUCAAAAAAUUAUAUUUGGCCUUAAUUCUUUUUUAUUACCUAUAUUCAUUUUACACAUUUUAUGGGGAAACUGUUUUUUUUAAUUGGAAUUUUAUUUACAACAUAACACAACCCCCCACCCAAACCCCACAGUGAACAUAACAUACAACAAUAGAAACAACCAAAUAAAAGACUUCCUUUAUCCUGUAUCUGGCCUCCUUAUUUACUUCUUAUAAACUGUGUCCUUUAUGAAUAAUUAUUAAGAUUUUUCUAAUUAUAACUUAAAUAUCCACAAAGUCUCCUGCAGACAUUAAUCGAAACAAGUCCAGGUAUGUAUUUUAGGGCACUGUUUUGUGAAGUAUUCUCUGCAUUUCCCCCCAUGCUUUUUGAAACUUGUCUAGUGUGAUCUCUAAUUGCCUCUGUUAAUCUAGCCAGUUCAGUAUACUCUAACAGUUUAUCUUGCCAUUCCUUUUUUGUUGGCACAGUUUCUUUUUUCCAGUUUUUAGCAGUUAGGAUCCUUGCCGCUCCUGUGGCAUCAAGGAAUAUUUUUUGAUCAUCUCUUGCUAUGCCUGUGUCCGUUAUCCCUAGUAGAAAAGCUUCUGUAUUUUUCAUAAAGUUAUACUUAAACAUUUUGUUAAGCUCAUCAUACACUGUGUUCCAGAAGCUUUUGAUUUUUUCACAGGUCCACCAAAUAUGUAUGUUUCCCCUCUGUUUUACCACACCUCCAGCACAGAUUUGUUUUUGUCUUAUACCUUUUAGCUAUUUAAGUAGGUGUUAAGAAACUUUGAUGGCAUGCAUGUACUUGUGGUCUGUACUCCAUGACCCUUUGUACAGUUAUGCCGGAGUCCACUGAGGGAAGUAGAUCAGUCCCAUGUCAUGUUUAAGAAGCUGAAUAGGGAUCUGUGUGGAGUGCUCAUUUUGAUCUACAAGGGUCCAAGCUUAGCAGAAGUUUCUUUAUUGCAUAUGUGGAACCAUUUUUGUACUCUUCCCUUCUCUUAGACAAGAGGCAAUGAUGAUGCCUGUUUCACAGAGAUUCUGUCAUAGAUCAGUGAUAGGGUGUUAAGAUUGUAACCAAAGUGUCUGCAUUGCAGAUGGCUAUGCUGUGCGAUAAUGGUGUUGCUUUGCACUGCUUUUAUCAUUUUUAUUUAUAGAAAUAUUUAUAUACUGCCAACUCAUAAAAUAUCAAGGUGAUGUACAACAGUACUGUAUAUACAAUAAAACAUAACAUGCCAUGAAAACAAAACCCCCCCAAUAGUAAUCAUUAAAAUGAUUGGCUAAUCAGGAAAGUUUAAAUAACUUUAUAAACCUGUCAGCAUAAAAAGCUCUUCAUAAGACACCUGAAAGUCAGUAGCAAGGAUGCCUCCUGUUUCUUUGGUGGAAGAAUAUUCUACAGCAUGGGCCUGGCAACACUAAAUUCCCUCUGGUUGAAGCCAGUUGGACCUCUGUAACUCAGGGAACAGCUAUGUGCUCCUCUGGAUUAUCUUAAUGAUUGAGUUUGGAUAUAAGGGCUCUGGUGGUCCUUAAGGUAUCCUGGACUCGAGUUGUUCAGGGCUUUAUAUAUUACCACAAGAGCCUGGAACCUGGUCCCAGUAGCAAAUGGACAGCCAGUGCAGAUAGUUUAGCAGAGUUCUUACAUGCCAUUGGCAGUUUGCCUGCAUCAGCAGUCUAGCCAGUUGGUCAUCUAUGCCUUGCAGAAUGGCAUAUUAGGUGUAGAUUCUGUGUAUUACACUUGAGACUCUAGGAUAUUUAGGCUGUUCCUGUGAGUAUAUGGGUAUGGUUUGCAUAAGUUCAUUCUUAGAUGAUGCUGGUGCCACUGAUAAUGUUUUUGUACAAGUGCAAUAUGCUGAAUAGAUUUCUUGCUGGCAACAGUUUCAGAUGGUAAAUGAUAGAGGUAGCAGAGAGGCAGUUUAUUUGAGACAGUGGGGCGAGAGCCUAGCUCUGUGAGAGCAACAUCCCAACCUCAACUCCUGAUCUUUGUCUUGUUGGCUCUGUUCCACUAAUCAUACAAGUGGACCACAAAAUUUGGGUGCAAUAUUUUGUUUGUUCAUGACAAGUUUCCAAGUGCAGUUAUUGGUGUCCUCAACUGUGAAGUCCCACAGAGGAUGGGGAAACUAGUUGGAGUGGUUGACAGUUCAGUGACCAUUGUGGAUGGAAUGAGUCAGUGAAUGCUCAUAUCCCCAGGUCAUCUCUCACUUUGUGUUCAUUUCCCAUCUUCCCCUGUAUUUUCACUGUUGGCCAUUCAUUCUGUAUUUUAUGAGCCUAAGAUUUUAAGGUGUUCUAAUGAUUUAACUGUACACCACCUUAGUUUUUUUUUAAAGAGUUGGUGGAUUAUAAAUAAAAAUAAUUAUUUGGCUACAUUCUAGAAGUUGGCACUUCUAGGUGAGGCAGGAAUGAGGGGCCUGCCAGAUCAUCAUGGCUGAUAACAUUGGGAAGAUGUUAAACCCCAUUCUGGUGGCUAUUGCAGCAAGGCAGUUAGUGCCUCAGUUAUCCCUUUGUGGGCACUGUUGCAUACACAUGAUAUGUGUGAAGUCUGUGGUGGUGCGCAGGAGAGGUGUUCCUGGGCUUGAACCACCUCCAAUAGUGUCAAGUAAAUGGAUUAACUGCUUCAGCUCUCUCAGUUCUUCUGGUGGUUUCAAGUAGUGUUCAAUGAUUGCUUCUUCUCCAGGCUAUCUUAGCUGUUUGUGUGGUACCAAGUAGGGAAGCACCCUUGCCUUAGUGGGUAUUUCAUCGUAGUUUGCAAUGCAAAAAAGAUGCAUGCUAACAGUAGUAUCAGAUAGUUUGUGCCUGGGGUGCAUGGUGCCCUGAUGGUGGAACUCCCUUACCCUUCAUUUACAGUUGGCAGCAGUCCUUUUUUUCUGGGGGUACUCAAGGUUACGUAGUACCAGCACCUUUUUUCCUAGAAGAAAAGCACUGCUUAAAAAUGUGGCACUUAAUGUAACAACUUCAUGGCGAGCACUGGUACCUUUUUUCUAGAAGGAAACACUGGUUGGUGGCAACUCUUGUUAGCGUUCAGCUCUAGUUGAAGACCUACUUAACCAUCUGGGCUUUGGAUUGAAUCUGUGUCACUGCACUUUCUAAAUAGCUAUUGAGCUAUGUAUGUUUUAUUGUUCAUUGAUUGCUUGAUUUUUAAUUCAUUUUAUUGUGUUAUACUCUGGUUUCAGAUUAUUAUAUAAUCUGAAACCAGAGUAUAUAUAUAUACUCUAUAUAUUAUUAUAUAUAUUGUGUUCAUUGCAAAGGAGUGGAUUGGUCAGUGCACAAGAAAGCCUCAAUCUGUAUCCCCAUUCCAUCAGUCUCGCUGAGGAAUCCAUGACCCAUACAUGCUCCUCUUGUCAUUGUGGUCACCUCCAUAAUUGAGGUGGGGUUUAUAUGUUGGAAAAUUUAAUAUUAGGGACUGUAUGAAUCUUUCCAGAGGAGCAUAUUGCACUGAAGUUAUUUUUUAUUUAUUUAACAUUUAUUUUCAGUCUACUACAACAAAAGACUUCUAAGUGGUUUACAGUAGGCAGUCAUAGUUUACUUUAGUCAUGAUUAUUCUGCCGUGUAUUUUCUGGUUGUGCUUAUUAUGCAAGAAAGGAUAGUAUAGAGUUGUUAGAUCUAGCACCGCCAGUGAGCAGAGUGCUUGAAAUCCAAGGCCUUGGUUGUUUGUGCUUGGCAUUCCUUUAGUAGCUUCUCUUGGGGACUUACCUGGGUAUAAACAUUUCUUGAUCUUGGUGCUGAUCAUUGGCCCAUCCCUGUUCUGGGUGUAUGUUAAGAUAUACUUUGGUGUUAAACUGCCCUCCCCCUCCCUUGGUUACCAGUGCUGGUGCUUUGUGUUGCAUCUUGCGUUUUAGCUUAAGAGUUGAAAUUUCUGUUUGGCAUUUGUGUCCAGAUCCUAGGGCAUGGCUUGAGGGCACAUGUUGCAACAGGCUUGCUGAAGCUAAAGUAGCAUUGGUUCUGGCCAGUGCCUGAUUGGGAAAGCACUUGGGAACCCUGUCUAUGCACCGUUGAGUUGCCUUGUGGAAGAAAGUGUGACGUGAAUAAAUACUGUAGAAUUCCUUUGGAAAGUCAGAACUCACAAAUGUUCUAUUUUUCUUUGUUUUCUGUAGCACUUUUUUAUCAGCACCCUGUUAUCCUUGGGUUUGUGUACAGUACAUUUUCACUAAAGUUUCGCAUCACCAAGUUCUUUCUUGUGAUCCUACGUAUUGUGGUUCUAUAGGUCAAGAGUGGUGUAAGUCCUUGCUGUGAUCUGGAUACAUGAGAUAUCCUUCACUGUUGCUUUUUUGUACUAAGAUUUGCUGGGGCUACAUAAUACCCUACCUAGCCUUAGUCUGAGGGUGGUUGAUGUUUUGGAACUGUUGAGCAUGUUGUGUUUUGUGUUAUUAGCCUAUGUUUGACAGUGUGCUAUACACCAGCACACAGGGUGGUUCUUUCCUUGAAGACAUUUGGUGCCUAACUGUAAUUGAUCCACUUCUUUAUUCCUUCCUUACAAUUGCUUUUCGAUCCACUUUUGUCCUUCACCGCUAUAACACCAUAUUCAGUUGGCAUAUGUGGACAGCAGCAACCCUAUUCAAUGAAGCCAGUGUUACUGAAAGUAUUUUUUUAAAAAGUGCUGUGAGUUCUUUACUGAUAUAUACUAGCAUUAGGUACCUUGUUCUAUACAAGGUAUUUUUACCUGUAAGGAAAGGAUGGAUUUUCAGACAAAGCAGAAUAAAGUAGGGUCUUAAAAUUCAUGUGGGCACUUCUGUUUCAAAAAUUGAAUCAAACAGGUAGCAAGGUAAACUAAAUUGUGCCAAGAAAAAAAUAAAAUUAUUUAGCCUUUAUAAAUUAUGCAUAGGUUGAAGAGCUUAAGCCAAGCUGCUUAUUUUGCAUAAUUCUGGCAAGGAGUUAUGUGGGAUAUUAAAGGUAUAAGUUGCCUGAAGCACUUGGGAGAGUGUUUCUUAAGACAUGCUAGAAACUUUACCUCAUACCCAACCUCUUAACGGGCAUUGAUCAUAUAUUUUAAAGUCCUUUCUUUUUCUUUGUUCCCAUUGUGUGUGUGUGUGUUGAAGGGCAAUGUUUUGACGACCUUUCGGAUUAAGAACCUAAAAAUGGAUCUGUUCAUUCAGUUGUUCUCAGCAUUCUGUUUCCAACAGUGGUGAAUAAUAACUAGAAAGCUCAGAAACAGAACAGAAUGAUAAUGGGUGCCUCCUGUUGUUUCAGUUCUAGACUUUGAUUCUGAAGGGUAUGUUGCUUCUUGAACUUGAGCAUAACAUUUAGGUAUUGUGUCUAAUACUCAUUGAUAGGUUUAUAUCUACUAGAAACCAUCUUGUCUUAUAGAAAUUUCAUGUUAUUUAUAUAUUGUGUGGGGUGAAAUAAUUAUUUAUGAGAACCUACAAAUGGAAAGAGGUGUGUUUUCCCCCCUCCACUUAUUUUGUUACAUCAAAACUAGGGUGAGCACACCAUCUUGUCAUUUUCUUCACUUUAGUACAAGAAAGGCUCUACCGAGCAUUUCUUUUCAUUUCCAUCUAUAACAUUCAGGAACUACUUACACGUGCUCCCAUAGUUAAAGCAAUAUUUUAAAGGCUGUGCCCUUGAUUAUCAUUUUUGCACCUUUACUACUUCUAUGAUACCUUUUGGAGAUACUCACUUGCCAAUAUGGUUUAACAGCUGUAUAAUGUCACUGGGUUGAGAUGGUUAGACUAUUGGAAAGAGUUGCAUGUGGAUAACAUCAAACUGCAAUUUUUCUUUAUUUUGGAUCCAGCAGCAUCUGUCCUCAUCCUGCAUAAAUACCUACAGACUAUUUUGGAUAAGAAUUAAUCAACAGGGAUUUAAUGGCGACAGGGGGAAAUUCCUGUUGAAUGUAAUCACACUCCUCUUAAAGAACCUGGUUUGCUGCUUGGCAAUAUCUUCUGAAUCCAGGUUUCUUCUUGGAAAGGCCAGGUGGCAACCAUGGCCAGGAGUGCUAUCUAGUGGUUGCAUAUGGAAAGUAGGGACUUUGUAACUGUUUCCUGUAUUAGUGAUUUCACAAACUGCUGUGCUUGAUGUGGGAUUUCUUUUAAAGAGGUCUAUUUCAGAUGUAAAGUUCCCAAUUUCUUAAAUAGGGGUAAGAGCAUCAACAAACUGAAUUUCAUUGUGUGCUUAUGAUUGGGUUCUCAGACAGUCAUUUUUUCAUAAAAUCUUGACUCUGGAGAUUUAAGUUCAACCUUGACAGAAAAUGGAUAGGUUACCUACAUGCCUAACUGGGCAUGUGAUUUGACCUCAGUGUUGAUCAGUUUCCUUAGCUGCUUUGCAUGUACUCUCCCUAAAUAUAGUUUAUGAGUAGUGUGGUAGAGGUUUUGAUGGAAAGGGACUUUUAGGUGGGUGGGAGGAGAAAAAUGUAGUUUUUUUUGAGGGCAGGAGAAAGUGGUAAAAUUUUCAAGACUGGCGCAGAACUUAGUAGUAAAAGCAGCAGUGGCGACAUAAUCCCCCCACAUAUUUUCCUUGAACCAAUUUUCCCCUGCCCGUUCACAUAAUGUAGAGUUGCAAUCAGCAGCCAGGCAGGUUGCCAUUCCUCCACACACACCCCCAAUGCCUUGGUUGGAACAACCCUAUGUUUAAUCAGUUUGAAGUGAAAAUUUUGAAUACUUUUCCUUAUAUGGUAAAUUUUAUUAAAUAAUGAAAAGAUGGUUCUGUCUUUCUUGUUUUGUAUUUAAUAUUGUGACUUUGUUGGUGCAUUCAUCAUUUAAAAUGAAUUAAGAUUCUGAAUAUAUUUACUCGGAUGUAGCUGCCACUGAGUUUAGUGGAAACUGCUUCUUAAUAAAUGUGCAGCCCUAAAUGUUAAGCAGUGAGAGAUGGCUGACAAAUUCUGACGUAUAUUCCAAAUUGUAUCAGAUCAAAUUGUAUCACUGUCUUUACAGUGAGCAGUUUUUUUAAAGUCAGCAUAAAAAAGAAGAGGUGUUUAUAUUUUUACAUUUGUAUUAAAUAUUUUUCAUAGGAACACUUAGUCAGUCUGGAUGAGCCAGCUUUGGAAGUUGGGCACCAAGCUCUGCUUAGACAAGAGCAAGCGAAAAUCAUUCGGUUCGAGAGGCAAGCGGAAGAAUUUAUCCAUGCAGUCUUUUAUCGAAAAGGUUGGUAAUGAUGAAAGAAUGAAAUCAAUACUCUAACUGGCUUGCAUGCUUAGCUAACUGAUCUUUUUAAUAUACUUUUUUUGAGAUAGCCAUGUAUUAUUUCCAUAAAAUCUCAAGGUUUUUUAUCUGUACAAAUAAUCUAUAAAGGACACUGGUUGACACCUUUAAAUAUAUCUUGCACCUGACAUGCUUCCCAAGCACUUCCCAGAGGCCCAACAAUUUUCAGGCAUUUGUGAAGUGCUGCAUACAGAGAAGAACAAGACUUUUGAACUAUCUCCUGAGUCCUCUGACUCCUGUGGCCCAAUGUUGAUGUAUCAAUCCUCCGGUGUUAUUGUGAUAUUAGAUGAUUGACAUUUGGGCAAUCCUACCCACCUGUUAGAAGUUGGCUCACAGAGUUGAGGGGAGAUAAAGUUCUGUCCCACUGGGCCCAAAAGGCUCACCACCCUCUGGGUAGUUUGUCUCCAUGCAGGGUGCCAUGUGCUUUUUUUUCUAGAAAAAGAGGUGCCAUGAACACUUCUCUUUUUCUCUUAUAAUGGCAAUCACACCCACCUGGAACUGAGUUCUGGUGAGUUCUAGCUGAAAAAAAGCCCUGGUAGUGCCCAAGAUUUCUCAGGCAGCUGGACUGGUGGGAAGAGAAGAAUUUUGGGGAGUUAGUAAUAAUAGCAUUUACACAGUAGAGUUUGUGUUCAAAGUACCACACAUAUUAUCUCAGAACCAGUAAAUAGGCAAAUAUUAUAUCCAUGUGGUUAUGGGGAAGGUAAGAGAAAUUGUGGAUUUAAGAUGGCUUAUCUAAUUCUACCUAGAGAAUUUCGGCUUAGGUGAGAUUCACAUUGAUAAUUUAUUAGUUCAUGCUCUGUAGCUCAGCUUAUUUUGGUGGGCAGAUUAUUGCAGACCUAGAAUUCAAUUUGGGGACAUACAUAGGGUCUCUGUCUUAUGUUGGUAAAGGGCUGCUAUACUGGAAUGUGAUUCUUUAAACCUCCAUACAGAGAAAUACAUGCUUAAUUUGCCUCCCUCUUCCCAUUCCAGCAUUGAAGAAAUUAUUUCAUUCUUGUGAAUGUAUUAUAUCAUUUUUAAAUUCUCUGUGUUAAAAAUUGGGCAUUGUGAUCUUAAGGAGCUGGUGCAGACAUAGUGGCUCUUUUAAAUGCAGUUAAGAGAGGGAGCUGUAGGGAAUGGGUGCACAAUUCUGUAUGUUGCUUCAGAUCUUGAAGAUGCAAUUAAGAGAGCCCCUGAAGUAAGAUCUGUGCCUUUUUAUUAUCUUGCACUUACACGUUAUAAUAUUAUAGCUUUUUUAAAUUAAGAAAACCCACAACCCUCAGUAUCGGAAGUUGUCUUGCUUUAAAAUUUGUUCUACAUAAAACUUCCUUCUUAUUUAUUUAAUUUUAUUUUACCAUUUAGACAGUCAUAGGGUCUCUGACCCCAACAUUCCCCUAGUGGCCCGUGAGAUCAUGCAGCGGAUGAUUCGACAGUUUGCUGCUGAAUAUACCUCAAAAACUAGCUCUACUCAGGACUCCAGCUCGCCCAAUAGCACAAAGAACCAAAGCCUGCUGAAAGCAUCUCUGGUAGCCUCAUCCCCUGUGGGUGCAACGGCUCAAAAUCCUGUGCUCAGCAAACUUCUCAUGGCUGACCAGGACUCGCCCUUGGACCUCACUGUCAGAAAGUCUCAGUUGGAUCCUAGCGAACAAGGUAUGCCACAUUUCUGUUCAUAGCCCCUUGCAACCAUUUGCAAUUUGCUGGCCAUUAAUGACUAAGUAAAUCAUAGAACGGAAAGAAGAGAGGCAUGGAUUGAUUAGUAGUGCAUAAGGGAAUGGAGAAAAGCUGUGCUGAAAUUGGUGCGAAAGUGCUAACAGCUAUGUGCCCUCAUUUUAUUAAGCAUAUUCCAGAUGGAUGCUGGGUCUGCCAGAAAAGAAACUUACUCUCUGGGAAAUUAAUGGGUUUGAUAGUGUACUUCCAGCCUCCAUGUAGUGAAUUGUGCCUGUAAUCACACUUGGCAAGUAUUUUGGCAAUUUGCUCAUAAGCAGAAUGCAUGUAAUUGGAGCUGAAUACUCAAAUUGUCUUACAGCAGCCGCUUAGUAAAGGCGGUUUUAUUUACUUAAAAUAUAGUCCUUCGUGUCAAUUACAACUUUCUUUGUGUGUUUAGUUCUUUGUGUGUGACAUCUUUUAAGUAUGUGGUAUCCUGCACAUUGGGACGCGGGUGGCGCUGUGAGUUAAACCACAGAGCCUAGGACUUGCCAAUCAGAAAGUCUGUGGUUCGAAUCCCCGUGACGGGGUGAGCUCCCGUUGCUCCAUCCCAGCUCCUGCCAACCUAGCAGUUCGAAAGCACAUCAAAGUAAAUAGGUACCGCUCCGGCGGGAAGGUAAACGGCAUUUCCGUGUGCUGCUCUGGUUCGCCAGAAGCGGCUUAGUCAUGCUGGCUACAUGACCCGGAAGCUGUAUGCCGGCUCCCUUGGCCAAUAAAGCGAGAUGAGCGCCGCAACCCCAGAGUCGGUCACGACUGGACCUAAUGGUCAGGGGUCCCUUUACCUUUAUCUUUAUCCUACACAUAAGAGUGUGUCUUCUGGUGAAGGGCUUUAAACAAGAUCCACAGAUUUUGACUGACCUUGUUAGCCAGGAAUCAGUUGUGGUUAUCACUGGCCCUGUUCUCCACCUAGUCUUCCGACAUUCAAAGGAGAUUUGGUGCAGGGUCAGGACCUUGUGGCUUGUGUCAUUCUGAGCCCCACAAGCAUCAGAUUAGCCACUGUGAGAACAGGAUGCUUGACUGAAUGGGUCAUUGGCCCAAUCCAGCAGGCCCUUACAUUCUUCCAAAGUCCCGAACAACAUUAGAGAUGAGCCCCACGUUUCUCAUCUUAUACUGGAGGUAGCAGGUGGUUGCCAGCAUCUUAAGAUAUGGUAACUGCAUUUGUCAACCUCUGAUUGUGGUGCUUAUGUUAAAAGAAAACGUUGGUGCUGACCAAGUGCUUUUGAAAGAACAAAUGCAAGGUUGUAGCAGUUGAACAUUUUGUUCUUUCCCCUUGGAAGUGAACAUAUACGCAGUACUUUAAUGGACCUGAAGAAUUUUGCCCUUCAUCUUACAUUAUAAUGUAUGUUUAUUUUAAUGCAUUCUAGAGACGAGAGAAAUCCAUAAGCUAUUAAAAGCAAUUGUCUGCCCUAAAGUUGGAUUAUUUUGUAUGCCACUUGGACUUUGCUGAAAAGUCAAUACAUAUGUGUUAGAAAAUAAAGCAUUUUAAAAUAUUAUUGUCUAGCAUUUUCUUUUUAGCUUUCUUAAAAACCUUAAGAAAUUUUCACAUUCAGCUUAAGCACCUUGUCCAUUUUCUGAAUCAUUACGGUUAGGUAAUCCACAGUGCAAUCUGAUACAUGUUUACUAAAUAAAAUCCCACUGUGUUCAAUUGUGCUUUCUCCUAAGGGAGUGUGCAUCAAAUUCCCACUUUAAACCUGUAACUUCUUUGCUUUGUUUUCAUAGAAAGCUGAAAAAACCAUUCAUUCUUUCCAUUCUGGUAUUUCUUGAAAUAAUUUGUUUGCCCACUUGCCUUUCUGGUCUCAAGGCUACAUAUACCUAUUCCUGUAGCAUUUCCUCAUAUAAUUAACCAGAGAGAGUUCCACAUAUAUACAGAAUCCACUAGCUUUUAAACACUUUCUUAAGAUAUUGAACCAGAAACUUGACCCACUAGAAAUAGUGUCUUACCGACAAAUACUAUUAUUACUUAAGUCUUAAUGUAAUGCAAAUUAGAAUUAAUCUUUGUCACAGGUUGAUGUUGUUGAGUCACACUUAAUUUUGUUAGCUACUGUAAGCCUCAAAUCCUUGUAAGCAUGCACAGCUGGCUAUUCUCCACUUCUGCAUGUUAUUUCAUAUGUGUAAAACUUCACCUACACCAGACACAGAUGAAAAGUGAUAGUGAAAAGGAUUGUGAAUCUCUGCCUUGGAAGAAUAACAUGGGUCUUCUAGUUGGUUUUGUCGCAGAACCAAAGAAGUAUUUAAUUGGACAGGGUGUAACGAGGUACUGCCCCAUCUCUCUAUUAAUAAGUAGACCUUUUUCAGACCUUACUCUGGCCCCUUAAAUUGCAAAAAUACAUGUUGAAAAACUAAAUAUUCUUUAUUGUUAAACAGUAUAGAUGAUCUUGAAAUUUAGGUUUGCUUUAAAUAACAUUGCUUUGAAUAAUUAUGAACUUGAAUGUUUUCCAUUUUUGUGAGCCAAAUAGUACAUUUUAGCAUAUAAAUGCAUGGACAGCAAAUAUUAACAAACCUCCUUAACUGUACUAAUAAUGUAGUUACAAACAGACUUGAAACAGUUCCAAAAUUGUUUUGAUAGAGGAGAGAACAGAAAGAUUUAGAUUCAUAAUAAAGUUCUGGAUAAGAGUCUUAAAGGGGGUCUGUACAACCAUAGCUUUGGUACUUGUUUGCUGGAAAAGGAGACACUGUUUCACUGAGCUGCAGCUGCUAAAAAGUGAGUUCCUGUGUGCAUUAGAAGUUGCUGUAUACUCCAUAUGCUGGGAAUGGAGUUGGAUCCCUUGUGAGUUUAGGUGUUAUAUGAAACACAGCAGUAAUUCAUUGAGAAUCUAUCCAGCUUAUUAAGAAAAAGAAGAGAGAAUCUAUCCUGCUUGUAGGAUGCGGGCAUCUGUAAAUUUACAUGUUGGCAAAUUGUCUGGUAACUACUGUACACUUGCCACCACUUACCCUUCCUCUUUCCCACUGGCUACCUCUUAAAAGUUGUUAGUAAUAACAAGUAGCUUAUUACCUUCCAGAAUUGUGCAGCUUUUAAGAAUGUUUAUACUUAAGCUUCAUGGAAGAUAGGCUGUAGUCUUUGUGUAGAAAAAAUGAUUUCAUCAAGCUUACUAGUUAGUCUUCCACUAAUGGCUAACAAUAUCUCAAUUAUCUUAUAAAUGCAAAAUAUAUUAUUACAUGACUUUUAAAAUCCAGUCACAUGACUUUCUACCAUCUGCCUUGGAACUUGCAAGGCUAGCAUUGCUGAACUAGUUAUCUCUGUUCUAACUGAAUAGCUCAUGGACUGAAUAUCUGGACUGCAGCACUUUUUAAAAAGCAAGAAUAGUGGUAGCCAAAGUGGUGCACUCCAGAUAUUGUGGGGUACAACUCUCAUUAUCCCAGCCAACAUGACCAGUGGUCAGGGAUAAUAGAAGUUGUAGUCUACAGCAUCUGGAGAGUGCCCUGUAAGCUUUCCCAUUAAAUUGUAUUGUUUUUGCUAAAUUUAAAGAUGGAAUAUAAAUAUAUUAAAUAAAAUGAAGUGUACCCAGAAAAUACUUAAUAUGAAAGCUGCAGUUUGUUUGCAAUAAUAAUUGUAAGGCAAUAAUUUCUCCACUCUUGCUCCAUUUUGUAGUUCUUGAAUUAAACACUUGUUGAGUUUUCUUUUAUGGGUACAUGAACUUCGGUUCUGCUUGUUAAGAUGUUUUUUCUUUCCUGUUCUGCUUUGUGUCUUACUUGAAACUAUCAGUACAUAGACUACAUCUUAAUGAAUGUAUGGUGGAUAACAAGAAGUAUACAUGCUCAAAAAGAAGUAACUUGAUUCACUUUUCAGACAUUAUGAAGUAUAUGCAGAGAACUAUGUUUUGAAAUUAACCUGCAUUCUAUGCUCUCAGAUAUAAUGUGUUCAUACUGUUUAAUCUACCAUUAAUAUUUUAUUGAAUGAAAGUCAUAAUAUCGAUAUGCCCUUAACAAAACAAAAUAAGGAAAAUAAAAUAAUGGCUGAUAUAUCAAGAGACUUUGGUUGAGGUUCAGUAGGAAGUUCCAAAGCAACCCAAGAUUAACUGAGAGAGUUUCAGCCAUAAAAACUUACCAAGUUGUAUGUUUGUGUGUGCUUAGUUUUAUUAAUUUCUUCCUAUUCUCAAGUAAUUCUCAUGUCUCUGCAGACGGAGUACUUGAUCUGUCCACUAAGAAAAGUCCAUGUGCAGGCAGCGCCUCCUUGAGCCAUUCACCUGGCUGCUCCGCUACUCCUGGGAAUGGGUAAGGGAAAUUCUUAGUAUUUUUAAGCUAAAACCCCCCUCAAGUUAUUUGCAUAACAACAAACUGAGGGUCAAAUUCUUCCUUAUUGCUUCCAUAGACAGGGUUGAUUUAACCCUUCAGAGUAUAAUUACAUCUUGUUAAAACACCUUCUUCCAAUCCUUAAAUAUGAAGUCAACUGAAAAAUUAAUUCCAUUUCAGGAAUACUUUGGUUUUGUACCUGAUAUAUGAAAUGUAGAGCUAUGAUCUUUCAACCUUUUAAAAAUUUGACUAUUUUGACUUUGUUCACAUGCUCAGCCACACCUGUGCAUUUGACUAUGGGAGCAUUGGGCCUAUGAGUGGGCUAACAACUUGGCAGGGGUUAUGUUGGGUGCCAGUUGUAUGAACAACCAUUUCCCCUUGAAGCUUAUACAAAUGACUACUGCAGUUUUCAUGAUUGUAGCAAGUCAAAAAGUGUUAUCACAAUGCAGUUUCAGUGGCUUCAUGUAUGGGGUAUCAGGUCAUACAACCAGUGGCUGCACAUGAUCUUUGUUGGGUUGUGAACCUUUGGUAGUUCCAUGCACAUCCCACAGGUGAUCACAUGAGGCUUGAUGAGUAUCUGAACCCGAUCUCAGCCUUUGAUAGGAUGGGAUGAUGGCUGCCUAGUUUGAAUAGAUCAGCAAACCAAACAGUGUUUCCUUUAGUAGUCAGAAUGUUAGGCAAGGCCACUAAAGUAAAGAUAGUGGUUGAGCAAGAAUUGUAAAAUAUUUGUUAGGAUUUUUUUUUGGUAUAACCUACUAUUAUAGUACAGUGCUAUAAUUCCAUUUGUUUUCUAAUGACGGAUUUGUAAUUACUUACCUUGGAGCUGUUUCCAAGAUGAAUACUCAAUAAUUCAAACAUUACUAAUACUAUACUAUUAUUAGACUUGCAGGCAGUUUCUGGGUGCAAAUUUUUCUUGGUGAAGGUUAUACAAUCCCAUCAACUUUGUAUUUUUUGUUGCAUGUGCUGAUAGGGAGAAGAUACAUGAGAAUAAAGAAAUUUGGGGUGAUACUUUAAAAUGCUGCAAUAGAAUACAUUUUUUGUAUAAUUUUAAAGCUAAUCGGCCUUUAGAAUAUUAAGCGGCUGAAUACAGAUGUGGAAUUACAUAAUCUUCAAGUUGCUGGACUUCUAGUGAUAUAAAAAUAACCAUUGUUGACAGUCACUGACUUAUAACUGCAAAAGAGACAUUUAAAUUCCUCACAACAUGGAUAUAUUACUUAACCCUGUAUGUCAGAACUCUAAACACUAUUGUGAAGGAGAAUAUCAAUUUCUGUUCCCUUUCUGAAUAUUCUAACAGGUUCUGUGCAUUAAAAAAAAAAAGUGUUCCUACAUGGCUGACUGAAAGCAUCUUUAAGAGAUCAGCAUGUGUUUCUGCUUUGUACUGUUAAGUUAAAUGUCAGUUAACUAUUGCCCUUUGUCUUUCAAAGUGCUAGUUCAGGCUUCCUCAAACUCUGCCCUCUAGAUGUUUUUGGCCUACAACUCCCAUGAUCCCUAGCUAGCAGGACCAGUGGUCAGGGAUGAUAGGAAUUGUAGUCUCAAAACAUCUGGAGGGUUUGAAGAAGCCUGCGCUAGUUAAUCUUUAUAUCUGGACAGUGAUUCACUGUUUUAGAACUAGCUGAAAUAGUCAAUGCAUGUUUAAAGUUCUGGUAGAAAUUUAUUAUUUUCCUUGACACUGGGGUGGUUCUUGUUCUGAAUUCAUGUGGACUGUUCGUUACCAAAUUAAGAAUCUUCAAAUUCUGAGUAAUGUUUAAUAGGCAUUUACUAAAGAAUUAGGAAGUCCAGACUUGAAUGUAAGUUCUUCCUUCUGCCUUGCUAUGCAUCCAAAUCUUCUGUACGUUGUUGUCGUUGUCGUUGUUAUUGUUGUUGUUGAUUAGAUUUCUUACCUGCCCUUCAUCAUGAGGUCCUAGGGCAGGUUACAAAAAUGUAAAAAUACAAUAUUGAAAUACAAAUUACAGUAAAGAGAGUAAGGUGGGUCCUAAAAUACAUAUCUCAGAUGGCUAGGUUAAAGGGGUCUGUGAAUAUAUAAAGACUGUCUGCUAGAUAGGAUAUACACAGUAAUCAUCUUAAUGAGCAAAGUACCAAGAAUGCAUUGCAUACUUUUUGUUCAUAUUAUUUACAGGAAAUGAAAUAAUUGUGUACAUAAAACAAGAUUGAUAGUCUGAUUAGACUGUAGAUCAUACGCUUUUUUUAAAAUAGAUUUAACCCGGAUCUGUUUAAUCAGUAAAGUUGGAAAGAGCAUAAUAAAUAAUACAUAUGUGGCAAGAAAAUAUCCUGCUUCUUUACCUAGGCAUGUGAAAAACAGAAUCAAAUUGAUAUUUAUGUGGCUUAUGAUUAAUUUUAAAAGGAAAUGGGAGUCUGAAUUUGUGCAACAUUUUUAUUUGAGAACCAUUCCGUUUGUCUGUUCUAAUGUUUAAUGCAAAAUAAGCAAACACCUUUGAGUUCUGCUGAGCGCUCCUGAUGCUGAGCAGCAACUUUAGCAUAUAUAGUGUUAAUCCAUGCCCUCCAGAGCUUUCAGCAUUUUAUAAAAAGUGCAGGUGGCUGGUGUGUGAGAGUAUGUGUGUUGAAUUUGCUGCAUUUUGUCACUUGGCUUACUCUUUUAUUACUGUACUUGUUUAGUGGUAACGUCACACUAGUAAUACAGUCGUGAAUAGACUCUAGCAAAUGAUUAUUCCUUUCUAAUCUAUAAUUAAGAUGCUAUUUUCAGACACUUGCGCGAAGCCUUUUCUGCUCCAAGAUUUUGUGAACCCAACCAAAGACCAGCUGACAGGUUUCGUUUUUCUUUGCCCAAAAAGCUUCUCUUUAUUUUUGAACAAUUUUUUAAAAAACUGACUGCUGAGACUUAAAAAAAUAAAAAUAAAAACCCACAAAAGUGAUGUUACCCAAGCAAGGUCUUCUAAUAAAGGAGUGGCCCCCUCACCCAUUCCUCCCUACCUGUGCAAGUCCUGCUCACAUCAGUUUCCUUCCAUCCAAUUAGGCGACCUGGGAGACCCAGCCAGCACCAUGCAGAGGGACUUCGGAGUGGUGAUGGGGUGCCCCCGAGAAGUUGGCAGGAUGGAACGAGGGAAGGGUCUGGCCACUCCACAUCUCUCAAAGUUCCAUUGGCUCGAUCACUGCAGAUAAGCGAAGAACUGCUGAGCAGAAACCAGCAUGCUACAGCUGCCAGCCAUGGGCCGUCUGGGCUGCAGAAUCACGGACAGCACAUGAUACUAUCCAGGGAGGCUUCUUGGGCAAAACCACACUACGAAUUCAACUUCACCCGAAUGAAAUUCAGGGGAAACGGUGCACUCAGCAACAUCAGUGACCUUCCUUUUCUUACAGAAAAUUCAGCCUUUCAAAAAAUGGCACUUCAAACUAAACAGGAUGGGAAAAAGGACAUGAGCCAUUCAACUCCUGUGGAUUUAAAGAUACCACAAGUUCGAGGCAUGGACCUUUCAUGGGAGUCCCGUUCUGGCGACCAGUAUAGCUAUAGCUCUUUGGUGAUGGGUUCACAAACGGAGAGCGCGCUUAGUAAAAAGUUAAGGGCUAUCCUUCCGAAACAAAACAGAAGGAGCUUGCUGGAUCCCGGACCAGACUCCUGGGGCUCAGAUGCUGAGCAAUCUACCUCUGGACAGCCAUAUCCCACCUCUGAUCAAGAGGGAGAUCCUGGCUCUAAGCAACCUCGGAAGAAAAGAGGCAGAUACAGACAGUACAACAGCGAGAUAUUGGAAGAAGCGAUCUCUGUGGUGAUGAGUGGGAAAAUGAGCGUCUCCAAAGCUCAGAGUAUUUAUGGGAUUCCCCAUAGCACCCUGGAAUAUAAAGUGAAAGAGAGGCUGGGCACUUUGAAAAACCCUCCAAAGAAAAAAAUGAAAUUAAUGCGGUCGGAGGGACAGGAUGUCUCUGUAAAGCUUGAGAUAGAUCCCCAGGGAGAGGCAGCACAGAGUGCGAAUGAGUCAAAGGAUGAUUAGGGAUGUUGUAGAGUGCCAAUUACAUUAUAAACUGGGUGAGCACUAUGGCAUUGUUCAACUCCUGCUGUAUGUACCCAACUCCUCUUCAGUCACUGGGUGCAGGACAUGCUCCUUUGCAGUUCAGCAAAGACUUGUGUGGACACAGGGGGAAAAGGGUGCUCUGAAUGUUGCAUAUUUGUAAAUUUUCUGGCCCGGAAUGGCUUAGAGCCCUCUUUUGUGUUUUUGUUUUGUUUUGUUGUUGGGGGAUAUUUUUUUUUUGGCCUUUUGCAUGUUUCUCUAAUAUUCUAUAGAGAAUUGAGUUACCUCACAAAGAAUGCAGACAUGGAAGUGGACUGUUUGCCUCUUGAGCCUGCAUGGACUUUCAGUUAUUUUAUUGGGUUUGCUUUCUUCAUAUGGCCUUUUUAAAAAAAACACUUUCUUGAGCUCUAGUACCAGACUUGUAAAACAAAAACUGGAUAAUUGCUUAUAAUUAGGCUUUCACAGUUUUUUUCUUCUUUGAUCCAGUUGGCUUGAAAGAGAGUUUAACCUUUUUAAGUAUGGCUAGUCAUUUUGAAUUCAGUGAUUAGUGAUUGGAUUCCUAGUCAAUUGGGUCUAAUCGGAGCCAUUUUGUUUUAAAUUCAACUCCUCCUUUACUAUUUGCAAUCUGCUUAGUGCUCACCCGGCGGGGCGGGUGGGAGUGGGAUGGGGGAACUUUACAUACACUACCUUCAGAAUGCUUUGGUUCAUUCCUUUGGAACACUACCUUCACUGUAAUUGUGUUUGCUCUUUUGCAAAGGCGAGAGAGUUCAGCUUGCCUGCUUGAGGAUGUAGCCUUAUCUCAACACUCCAUUCAGGAGCAUCAGGGUACAUUGAAUGAUAUACUAGGGUAUUCCUCACUUUAACAAAAUAAUGGCUUUUUUGUGACCAACGUGCUUUUUAACAGACUGGAUUCUGAGUUUGCUAAACUGUGCGUUUCCAACAUCUUGUUUAAAGAACUCUCUUCUGGGAGUCAGGAAUACAUAUAACAGCUUACUGUAAUCUUGGGCAAAAAACAAACAAAAAUCCUCAUCAAACCAACUGAUCUCUAAACAUACAACCUCAAUAGUCUGCCUAAAUAGUCAUGUAAAUGAAGGAUCUAUGUUAAUGUUCAGGGAAGAAAUUUUUACAAAUUUUAAUAAAACCCAUUAUCAGAUCACUCUGGUCUGACUUAGGCUGAGCAUCUUAUCUAGUUGUAACACUGUCAGGGUUGAACACCCAAUGGGUGUUUCCUUUUUAAAUACUACAGUUGCCAGUAGCAGGAAAUGUGCUUGCAUAUCCUGAAUUUCUGUUUUUAUUUCAUCCACUAUUGAUUUUAAUAGGGGACUAGCACACACUCGCAUAGGCAGAUCACCACUAGCACUCCUAAAUCCACAGUUCAGUCUUGUUAGUUGCAGAGGCAUCUGAACAUUCUUACAUGUUAAGCUUUAAAUAAAGCUUUCUGGACUUGCAGCUUCACUGAAUCAAACUUAAUGGUUCUUUGGGUAGAGAAACAAUUUAAUCUUAGCUGUGCAAAAGAUUGGUAAGAUUCCACUCUACUGCUUUGCACAACCAAAAGAGGCAAUGGAAUUUGUAUGUGAGACAUCAUUUGAGCACUGUUCUUAAUUAGUUAUCCUGUGUUAAUGACUGAAAGUGGAUGCUAAGAUUCAUAGGAAGAAGGCCUAGAUAGCCCCAGGGCUGCUGCUUGAAUUUGGGGGCAAUUAAUUGAGUUGGCCUUCUUGAUUGGUUGAUUGCUUCCCAGUAACCCACUGUAUUCAAAGGUUAGGCACACCAUUGCUGUCGUGUUAAAUAUGCACUUCUCAUUCUUGAGAGAGACUGGGCUUUUGGCCCAGAUAUGCUUUGUACUACUGUUCUUAGACUUUUCUUUUUGUUUUGGUAGCUUAAUGUGUUUCCAUACUCAAAAGCAGAGUUCCUUUAGCUAUCUAGGUGUCAUCUCAGUACAGAAACCUGUUUGAAGCUCCAUAGUGGUGUAGAAACUCUGCAAUAUACUCCAGUUUUUCUGGAAAUUGCAAUAAAAAUGCACUGUUUUAAAUUUGUGGUUUCAUCUGCUAUUGAAAGUGUGGGAGAAGAUUUGCUGCAAGCUAGAAGUGUAACACUUGCAUAGAGUUUUACUGUCAGAGGUUUAACCUUUUGUGGUUGUUUUUAUUUAAGUGAUGUAUGAGUUGAGUUCCGUAAAACCUUGUCAUAGUGUAUGUGGAGUGCUCAUUUUACUUACCUAAAUAUUUUCUAUGUGUAUCAUUAAGUGGAUGACAAUCGUGCAGCAGAAAAAUGGUGUGCCUACCCUUUAAUGCUGCAGUUUAGAAAGAGAACUACUUGUACGUCAUUUCAGACCAUAGGUUGAGAACUGUAAAUAGAUAGUGAUAGUUGCGUAUUCUUAUUGCUUUGGUUAGAAAAUGAAUUAAACAACCAAACACUUAAUUUUCUCAGAUAAAAGUCCUGGGACCUGACGAUUGUAAGAUUCCUAUCUGCAAAGCUUUGAAAUAUAACACUUAAUAUCUGUGAUCACUUCCUAUUCAGGUAAAAAAAAAAUCCCAGAAGCUUUGGAACAACCAUAUUUCCUCAAAAGGUCUCUGCUUAAAAAAAGAAAAGGAAAAAGUAGGUUAUUUUUAAAGCACUAAUUGCAUUACUUUUGUAAUUGCAAUAUAAAAUAGCCAUUAUUGUUUUGUGAAGCAUGGUUGAAAUUAGUUAGUUGUCCCUUUCUAAAAUUUCAGAAGCCUCUCAAAAAUAAACAAAAAGCUGCUGAAUAUUCAAAAGAUAUAAAUAUAUCUAUAUUUUACCUUAUUGUAGGUUUUGUAAACUUAGUCUGUAAUAUUCAGGUGCACCUUUUUAAUGUUUAACUUUUGUUUAAGACUUCAUCUCACCUGUUUUUGCCCAGGUGGCUCAUCCUGUGACUGUAUCUCACUCUAGAUCCUAAGUGAUUCACUGAAGUAAGACUGCUCUGACAGAUGCCUUUGGUGCAGCUUUGAGUAGUAUUUGGGAGCAUCUUUCCUGUUAGGAAAAAAUGGAAUCAGUGUUUAUCCAUUAGCAUGCUUAAUUUUCUGCUGAACAGAAGUUUGCAUGGCCAAAAUCCUCAACUGACCAUAGCUUGAUGUGGGAAGAUGUGGUUCGCUGCUGUCUUUGUAAGAGAAGCCUUGUUUUCUCCUGUUUUCCAGUAAAUGGAUGCUCAUGUAACUUGCGCAAGACAUAGGGCUUAGGCCUUGUUUUCCCUGUCGUUUUUGAGAGCAUAUUGAGGGGACAAGCCAAGUGCAAUGCUCCAGAAAUGGUGAAGUCUUUGGGAGGAAGAACUGGACAUUUUGAUUGUGUUAGAUCCAGAACCAAAAUUUGGUGGAAUUAUUGUGUAUCUGUUGACGGUGUCAUGUGCACCUGGAUGACAGAAUGAAACUGUGAACAGUAUUUGUGGCAGCCUCUGCUUAUACAGACCAGGUAUCAUGAAGGAUAGGUUCUCCCUCUACUCCCAGCCUAGAAGACUAAUGUUAGAGUGUGUUUGUGUAACGUUUAAAAUCAAGUUCACUAUUGUACUGGAAUUUAGAUGUUGCUUGGUGACCUUUUGCUACAGCAGGUUAUACAGAUGAGUAAGGCUUAGUGUUGUAGGGGUACAAGUGUGGAGUUAAUUAUUGUGCAGUUCUGUGGAGCGAGCCCAGUGUGUAGAAAAUGUAUCAGUUUUUACUUGGAUCUGUAAAAUAUAAAAGCUCUUUCCUGGCGAUCUGAUACACUAUUACCUCUGUCAGCCAUUCUAGAACCUCAUUUUCUGUGCCCCAGGCCUUUUUGUUUUCACUACAGCUAUAAAGAAUGGAAGUUGUAGGGUUUGGACUGUUGCCCUUACUUUAUAUAUAUAUAGAUAUAUAUAGAUAUAUAUAUAUAAUCUCCAAACUCCUGAGUUUAUUAAAAGAAUUGAAAGAUAACUCCUCCAGGGGCACGAAGUUCCUCUUCUUGCAUUAGCCAAAUGCCCCAAGAAUAUGCCCUUGCUUCUGUAUGGCCCUAGGACUGCUCCAUACUGCCUGCUGCUCUGCCUCCAAAGGAAAGGCCUAGUCUGAAUGUUUUCUUAAAUAUUUUCUAAUGCAAAUCUGGAAUAAAUUUUCAUUAUCCUUUAAGAAUGAGAUGUACCUUAUAAACAUGGUAGCAGUGCAGGUCUGCUUUGUUUCCUGCGGCUUAUCCCAAAGCAUAUUGACAAAUGAUGAGGCAGUUUGAACUAUGAUCUCAGAUGACACCAUGAUUGCUCAGAAACUGUCAGGAAUUAUUUAUGCAUUUUUUAAAAAAAAAUGUUUUCCCAUGAAAACCUCCACACAUUGGCUGUAUUUGUGAUCCCAUUGACAUCAUGCUAUUGAUGUCUCAUGGUAAGCUCCUUAGCAAGCCAAAAAAAUGGAAAGGGAAUCAAAUUUCAUUGUGGUGUUGACAGGGAAAAGCAGAUUCCACCCUCCAUGUAUAAUAAAUUUAGGAUUAAAUCUUCCUAAAGUCUCUGAGUGUCUCAGAGGUGAUAAAGAGGAUAAAGGCAUGGCACCUGAGUGGGUUGGGGAAGCAUUCCUGGCAUUCCCCUUUCUUAUCCAAAAGCACUUUGCUAGAACUCUAAAACAGAAACUUUUAAAAGUCUAGCUUUCAGCCCCAUAGUGGGAUGGUUCACAUAUUAGCCAAGGCUGCUUGAAGGACUUGGGCAGUCUUGAAAAGAUAAACUUGACCUAAAAAUAAUUUUUUCCAUAUCUUUUCAGGCAAAAAAAUAGGUGCUUCUAGGAAGUUAUAGGGUGUCCAUUCUUUGUGGAUCAGGCAUCUUUUGCUUUUCUCCCUUGCAGUUUCAGAAAUGUAAUUAAAAAAAUCGACUUGCCUGCUGUCUGCAAAUUACACAUUCUGCAGUUGGCUUUUAUAACACAUGGGUGUCUAAUGGCUUUCAUAGUUGAAUUUUAAAACACUGUGAUUUAGCACCAUUUUAACAAGUCUAGUCUCCUUCUAAAUUCACAUGUUCUCUCCUUCCCUCCACACUUUCCACAGAAGCAGCUCAGAAACAUUUGCUUUUGGUUUUAGUUAACUGUGGUAUGUUUCAUUCAAGCUAGGCUUUGUGGUUCAACACAGACUGGUUAGUUUAAAAAUAAGCCACUUUCAGACCAUGAGUUAAGCAGCUGGCUUCGUGACGUUAGCCAAAGUUAGUGUUAGACAACAAUCCCCAGUUAGGAUGAAGCGGCACACCCUACUUAACUAAAAGCAAACCAAAGCUUUUAAAUUCUUCCCUGCUGUGCAGCAGGAAUAAGGAGAGGAAAUACAUGAGCCCGGCAGGAGGCGAGGCUCAUUGGCAUAAUACUAAACCAUAGUUUAACAUUAUGCCCAAAUGUGGUCAUUAUAUCUGUGCUUUCCAAGUUUUUUUGAUAAGUGAACAGUUUGUUAAAUUGUCGUGAUAUAUACCAGGGUUGGCCAAAUCUGGGCAGUUCAAGAUUGUGAACAUCACUGAUGUAGAAUUUGGUGUACUAGAGAUAGAGAUUUUCUGUUCACUCCUUCCAUCAAAAGCUUGCAGCUUCACAUUAGGUCCAAAGGAGACAAAGAGAAGAAUGCAGUUGUAGAUAUUUGGGCCUCUGACAUUGUGGGCUGAUAGGCAGAAGGAAGGAGCUGCAGACUGACCAGGGUCUGGGCCUGAUCUAGGGCUUGGAAGAGAGGGAAGGAUUUGGAGAUGUGCGUCUUUUGGCCCUUUAGCCUUAUGGAGUUCUCAAAUGUAGAACUUGGCAACUUCCUUGGAAAUACACCAUAGAAUAUCUAGUCAUAAACUGAAAUUUUGCAAGUGAGCAAGCUUUUGUUGAAGUCUAAAAUUAUGCAGAUGCAGUUUAAUUGGAUGUAACAAGUAUUGUAAUGUUACUUUUUGCAAAUUUAUGGAUGAAUCUAUGUAGGCACCUAAAAUAAUCCACAGAUGCACUCAAAAUGCCAGAGAAAUAAAAACUCAAGUUGUUGGCCACUGCAGCAUCUUUCUGACAGAUAUCUAGAUUUGAUUUAGUCAGUUUGUAUAAGUCAGUAAUAUUUUUAAGCCUGCAAAAUUACCUGUAAUUAGGUAAUGGCCUGAAAACAUUCAUUAUAAAAUUCUCAAAUUAUUAACCUGAUUGCACAAUCCGUUUUUAUUAAUACAAAGUUUUUUUAAAAAAAGAUCCUUAGAAGAUUAUAUGUUCCAUCUCUUUAUACAAUAAAUACAUUGCGUCUUUGGUCGCUAGUUUAUAAAAAUCUGACUUAAGUAUUUCCUCUCCCACUCUAAAAUUGUGGACAUGCCACUUCAGCCUCUAAUGUACCUCACAUUUGGUGCUACACUCAUCAGACCUUUACAGACUUGAUAGAAAGAUAGAUAGACCAUUAAAGCACUUGUCUGACCGCUUGUUGUUUUUUUUAAAAAAAGACAGAAAAGGGACCUUUCAGCACUUUUACUGUUACAACUAGAGUCUUAAUUUAUCUGGUCUUCAGAGUCUAAGGUACUGUAAAAGUUUCAGUCCAGGAAUUUUAUAAUGUUCAGGCAGCUUCUGGGUGUACACGCAUGAUAUUUUAAUUAAACAUUUCAGUAGACCAUUUCAGGGCUUUAAGGUUUGGGAUCUAAAUGGGGGAGGCUAGGUAAAGUUUCCCAAAUGAAGAAUAGUUUUAGACCAUUGUGUAGUGCUCAGUUUGAAAGUAUAUCACUAGGAAAAUGGGUAGGGAUUCUCUCUCCCUUUUGUCUUCAGGGAAUGAGCAGUAUUUAGAAUCUUUGGCUGAAAUUCAAGCCUUUUUACCAUGUAAAUUUUUAAUAUAAAUUCACUGACAUGCUUUUUACAUCAGAGGACUGAAAAUGGAUCUUAAUGUUUAAGUUGUCGAAUGGUAUAUUUCUUAAAUGAAGGGGGAAAUUAAAAAAAAAACUAACUAGAUUAGCAUACCAGCAUUAGUGAUCUUAAGAGAUUUUAGUAUGUAAUAGGAAAGUCUUUGAUUAAAAAUCUAAUCUUGAAUUGCUAGUCUGUAACUAGGUGCAUUCUACAUUAGCAGGUGAAACUUCUUUACUUGUUGAGAGAGGGUGGAUGGCGGCUGUCAUAUGCCCUAGCAUCAGAAAAACAGAUUACAGACUGCAGCCUCUCAGAGUCCCAUUGGGUGGUUAUAUCCAUGGGAUUUUUGCUUACAGCAGCUUACUGCUGCUUAAACAUGUAUAAAUAUGUUUUGAGUGUUUGCUCAUAACUCUUUCUAACCUCCACUUGUUAAAUUGUCAAAUGUUGGUAUCAGUCCGCAGUGUAAGUUAUAAACUAACGUGCUUAGGAUUCCAGCUUGUUACACACACUGUUUGAAAACCCUCAGGGACAGUUUACACACUACCCUCACUCAAUUCAGGUACUUGUACACUAUUCUUAAACCUAGCAGUGACUUGUAUUUUGUUUUUGCUUUUCUUUUGAUGUGCUAAUAGCACAUCCUUGAUGAAUGUCAACUUAAACUCAGUUCAGGUAUCCAGGUAUAACUCAGCCAAACGGAUUUUAAAGCUGCAUAUUACUCUCCAGCACGCAGUGCCUCAGACACGUAGUGGCAUUCUGUAUAUUCAGUUAUUACUACUGAGCAAGAUCGCAUGGGGGUUCCUGAUAAUUAUGUAUUGUAAGAAAUUUCUAUAUAUAGUAUGUGUAUUAUGUUAUAUACAUAUAUAUUAUAUAUGUAAUCUUAAACGUAUAUAUUUAAAAAUGCCACUACCAAGCCAGCACAGCUAAUGUCAAAUACAUUCCUGGCUGUCCCUGUAAAUGGAACAGGGGCAGCUUCUCAGUACGGCUGUGGUUUCUCCUUCAUCCCAGGUACUUCUAAACUUGAGCCCUGGCCCUUGGGUGUCUGACCUCUACAUUCUAGUUAUGCAAUGUCUCUAGGAAUUCUGUGCACUGGCCACUGUGAUGGAAGCCAAUGGGCCAGAUGGGCUUGAGUUUAUUAGUAACCCUUCUGCCAAAGUUGGUGUUUUAUGGCAAGAGUGUAAAACUUUCAAAUAAUCAGCAGCAGCACAUAGAUUGUGGGAGCACAUGAUAGCGCCUACCUUUAUGCUCCUUGUUGGGCGUGUCACCUCUUGUGCCGCGCACUAAUUGUGAGUGUGUUGGCAUUUCAUGCCUGUAGUGGUGGGUCUGUUUGGUGAGCAUGUGUGUAACACAUUAAAAUAAAGCCUGCUGCUCGCACCAGCAUGAAUUUCACCAUAACUGUGCGUCAGCAAUGCCUCUGCUUUAUUAUUUGAUGCUUUACACCUUAGAAAGUUCUAUUUAUGUAGAGUAUGAAAAAAUGGCAUUUUUCACAGACCUCUAAAAGUACAAGUGUCAUGGAAAAAUAAAGCAGGAACCCCCUUUUUAAUCUAUGGACCUCAUUUCAAUAUACUGUUUACAGUUUGACGGAAUUGUAUAAUUUAAUAUUUCUCUUGUACUGUAGUUUGUAUUUAUUUACAGAUUUUUUUUGUACUGUGUGAUUUGAACUUUUUUGUUCCUUGCUAUGAUCAACAUUUUAUGUAGUAGAGCACUUAUGAUCACAAAUUAAGGUUUUGGUUUGAUUGCACUACAUUUAAUUUUUAAUGCAGUUCUGAUUUUUUGACUGGACUAAAUAAGCUGUGUCUUAAUGUAUGUGAUAAGUACUUAUAAAUUUUUAAUUCACGUGGUCCACUUUUUUUUUUUUUUGCAUUGUAUGUCAAAAGCGCUGAUUCUCUCGUUGUGCAUGUGUAAGGGUUUAACAGCCCUGUUGUAUUCUUUGGCCAUGUCAUUUUGAAAACACAUUCCCAGCUGUAACGUGUAUGGUAGUUUUCACUGGAUGCUAGACUUUUCAGAACCACUAUUCUUCUAAUAAAUUUUGUUGUGAAAACUUGAAUGGUUCAAAGCGCUGGUUUCUAAAGUGUCUUUUUAAAAUAUCUAUGGUUCUGUUUCCUUGUGAUGCUUUCUUUCAGUGGAGUACCAGGGUGGGUCGAUAUAUGUUUAUAUAUACAAAUAAAACCGUGUUUUGUAUUUGAGUAGCAGAGCAGAUGUUCAUGAAUGUAAAAAUGUACUCUUGUCAUGCAAUAACUGCCUCUCAGUUCCCUCCUUCGGCCACCUUUUAAUGAUUAGCUGAUGUGUAGGUAUAUUAUUUGAUUUGAUUGGCCUGUUAAUAAAAAAAAGAUUUUUUAUUCUUAGCUCUUUUGAAGCUCCUAUAUAGAACUGGGAUGCAAGAUUUAAAAAUAAAUUGUACCAAAUGAGGAAAUGUCACCACAAGGUGUCUUUUACCUUUCACUUCCUUGUGGUUCUUCUGAAUGCUCUUUUCAGUGUAGUGAGGUAUUAUUACUAGAUACAGUAUGUUUUCAUUGUAUCCGAGGUAUGAUAAAUCUCAGGCCUGCCACAUGGGAGCAAGUUCAGAAGAAAUUAUGAAAAUAUGAAAAUAAUGUGUGAACUUGUGUUUGCUACAUUCUUUCAAAAAUGAAUAUCUGAAUCUAACCACAGACACUGUGAAAUGUUGUAAUUGUAAUUGCUAACAGCCUUUAAUUUAUAUGGGCAAGACAAAAGUCUUGAGCAACACAGUACAUAUCUGGAUAAAAAGUUAAUUCCUUUUGCAUAUGGCUUACGUGUAGCAUAAUGCUGCCACUAGGCAUUGAUUUGAAAUCAGUGUUAUAGGGCCUUUCUACAUAGUCUCGUCUCCCCCCAGUCAGUCAAAGAAGUAGAUCUAUGGUUUUCGGCAGCUGCUGGAUAGAAGGCCAUAUUAGUGAUGCCUGUACUUUUUAUAAACAACCUUUCCACCACCCUAUAUUUCACUCAGAAUGAUUCAUUUACAGCACUUUCCUUCUAAUCUCAUAUUCCUAUUAAUAUGCACUCUUAACUACCUCAGCUGUGUAGUUUGCUGAGUUCUCAAGUUAUUAUAUAUGUGCAUGUUUCUGGGAUCCUCCUUUGUCACACACUUUGCAUCAGCAACAAACACAACCAAGGGCAAGGCUAUGUGGACAGAAAAAGGCUUCAUUUUCAACAACUCUCUUUAAAUUCUAUGGGCCAUCAUAAGUGGACUUUUAAUUGACUAGUCCAUUGUGAGAGGAGGGGAAUUCCUUCCUCUGAGAACCUAAGGCUGAAGUCCUAAGAUUACUCCCUGAGAGUCAGCCCUGUUGAAUUCAAUAGGACCUACUUCUGAUUAGACAUGGUCAGUUGUACACUGUUAUAGGGUCAAAAAGACUUGCCUCUGCUGGGUAUCACAUUUUCCAUAGUGUAGCUGCGUAGAGGCAUAAUGUUUCUGCAUAAUAAUAUUACUUAUCCCAACUCUCAACAAUUUCUUCUGUCUGUCCCUAAUAAACACUUUGCAAAUUAUGAAUUACUUGCAGAAUGUUCAUCGUUAUAGUGUGUUCUCUUGUACGUAGGCAGCAGCUGUAUAUUGCAACCCGGUGUCACCCACAAUUCAGUAUCAGUAGACACUAGGUUAUUAUUGCCAGGGUUGAAAGGUUUUGCCUGCACUGCAAAGCUGGCUAGAAAUCUUAAUGUUUUAUUUCCCUCCUUCUCAAUGAACAUCCAAUAUUUACUUAUAUAGGAGAAAUUAAAGGGAACUACUUGCGGCCCAAUAGUGGCAUGAGAGCUAAGCCUGCUGUUGCCUAUCUAUUCUUGAUGGUGUUCCAGACUGUAGACCAUUUAGUUUGUCUCAAUAAAUUCAAUGAAAGUCUUUUGAGAACUAAAGCUACCCCUCCUUCCCUUUGCCUGUCCUCAUCCAGAGUUUUGUUCUCAAUGUGACAUUAGAAUGCCACAGAAUCUUGGGAAUUAUGGUUUAUAUAUAGGUGUUAAAGAUCUGUCAAGUUGGAGUAGGGUUCUUUCGCCGCUAUAUUCCCCAUAUGCAUUUACUACACACAGUCCUUUACUAAUUCACCUCUCUCUCAAACCUUCGGUCUGUCACAGAUCCAAUGUGGUGGUGUAAGUUGCUUUUGAAAUUGGGCGGUCUGCCCUAUUGCCCUAACUAAACAUGGUGGCACCCCAUGAUUUUUUUUUGGGGGGGGGAGUAAGGACAUUCUUCCUUUCACCUAAACAUUGCACUUAACACCUGGAAGCAUAGUAUUCUUUUCUUCCCUUCCCAAACUUUGUUUUAGGAGAGGGAUUGGAAACCUAUUGAUUCCUCUCCCACAGGCUUAGACUCUUUUCAGGAGGGUUGUCUGGGCAGGUUGUUUCCCAAAUGCACAAGAACAAAUGCACAAGAACUGCCAACAGCUCUACCUUUCAACUAAAUAACAUGGGGGGCACUUGUUUCCUGGGAAGUUCUGACCAAUUAGUGUUCAAGUAAACUGACCUACUUUGGCUAACAAUCUGUGCUCUCAAUUGCUGGAUGAAAUUCUGAUCUUCUACCCAUCUUUACUGCAGGAAUAGUCUGAAUUUUGGAAGCAAAAAUAUGCCAGUAUGUGCCUUUGUAUACACAUCUGGGGAAUGCCAGGCUUUCCAUGUAUAUGGGCAUCCAUAUAGGUAAAAGCUACUACAGUACAAUUAAAGCCUUGGUGGGCCAGGUGCAAUUAAUUAUCUAUACAGUGUAUUUUAGCUAAGUAAUCCAUACUAGGAAUAGGCAAAUUUGUCUUUAACUUCUGUUGACGGAGAGACUGACUCAAUCCAUGGAAGGGUUUUGAUUCAGCAGAGGGAUUCUACUGGUGAAUGGGAUGAACCAACUUGGCGGAUUUCUCCAUCACCUGGAGCUCCCAGUACCACUUCCCAUGUCGUUCUGGAGUACCCACCAGUACUCCGGCAGAGUGUAGGCAGUGGCACUGGGGGCUGCAGAGGGAGAGGGAAUCUGCAGAAGUUACUCUGCUAGAGAAAGUGUUCUCUGAUGUGGGACUCUGCUCAGAGGAUGUGCAUGUCAACAGGAGUGAAGUCUGGAUUCAUCCGUGUGUUAAUUAGGCUGUUUUCUUUCAAGCUUAUCGAAUCAGCACUGAACCCAGUUAGGUAGUGGCUGAACCAAGAGAUGUGGUGUACAAUUCAUCCUUUCUAUUUUAGUCAGAAUAAGCAAGAAACAUGUUUGCCUGCACAAACAUCCUCCAGCGUCCUUGGAUCACCAAACAAUUCAUUGAUUUUUUAAAAUUAUUAUUUGCAAAUCAAAUGGGAUUUUGGCAAAAAAAUAAUCUUUGCCCAGUGGAUUUCUGUUUGAAUGACAACCUUCCAAUCCUUUCAGUGUAGCAGCCCUCACGAUAGGUUUAGCUGGAGGUGCUGACGGUAGCAGCCUGAAUCUAAACACCUUUACUGGGAAGGAAGUCUGACUGAGUUUAGUGGGAUUUCACUUCCCAAUAUGUGUGCUGUUAUUAGUGAGUCAUGCGUGGGUGCUGCUGGCUGCAGAACAAGCAGAGGACCCAUUUUCUUUUGUGAUUCAUAUGCCACAUAGGCUGAAGAUUUGAUGUUAGUAUUAAUAACUAGCCUGACAGCAGGCCUAGUACUACCUAUGCCUGAAAUGCCUGUAUACGAGCCCAAAUAAUGUGAUUUUGUUAAAAAUGCUUAUAGCUACUUAUUUCUGCAUAACAAGAGUAACUGGCAGCACUUCAUUCUGUUCACUGUAUUGCUAAGCUCUGUGUUUGCCUGUAGACUCCAGAUAUUUGAUUCAACUAAUUGGAAAUAUUUUAAGACCCAACAACAGCUCAUUUCACUAGCAAAGCUUCCUGUGCUGUGGGUGAGAAGAGGGGGAAGAGCAAUACAGGCAGUAGAAAAUUCAGGUGGCUAUUAUUUCAGGUAGCAAAAAACAACUUCUAUGCUCCCCCCCCCUUCCAUCUGCUGCAAGGAGCGUAAUUUGCAUUCAAUUCAUCGCACAGCAGUAGAGAAACUCUAUAUACUUCUUUCAACAUAACAUAAUACAGGUGGUAAGUCAAGGCUGGAUUUUCCUUCCUCACGGCCCUGUCAACUGAGGAGGGAGGGCUCUGCAUGAUUUUCAUGCCAUGCUGUUACCUUUGGCUAAGGCAUCUUGCUGUGACUUUUCCCUUUUAUUAUAACUUUGUCUUUAAUUCUUUAGUUUUACUCACAUGCACACACACACACACACACACACACAAUCCUUUUGAAAUAGCAUUGUGAGGUUUCAGGCAUGUAAAUAAACUUUAACAUAAAAUUUACUCAGCAACACAACACUGAAAAUGGUGCUAAUUUCCAGGACGAGAUUUGAAUAGUGCGUUUUUCUCUGAGACAAUUCAGUCAACUCUAGCAUAGUCCCAGUAAUAAGGAUUCCAUUAGCCCCUAUUGGCACUGGUUUCAAUUUGUGGAAGGAAAGCAGAACUCUGUCCUGCUUGGUUCUGCUGCAGUCAUGUCUAUUGAUACUCUCAUGGAUGGAUGGAUGGAUGGAUGGAUGGAUUCUUGCACUUCAUCUAAGAUCCCAGGGUGGGUUAAAACAUAUUAAAGAUGGUUUAAGACAAAAUAAGGUCCAUCUUAAGAUAUAUACCUCAAGUGUCAAAAGUCAGGGUAAAGAGGUGCCAGACACACCUCUGUGAGGAAGAAGUACUUAGGGGCCACCACAGAGAAGGUCCUCUCUGAGGCUGCUACACCGCCCACAAGUUGCUGCACCUGAGACGGUUUAUAGCAGGGGUCAGCAAACUUUUUCAGCAGGGGGCCAGUCCACUGUCCCUCAGACUUUGUGGGGGGCCAGACUAUAUUUUUUUUUAGAGAGGGGAAUGAUGCAAGAGCACCACGAGCCCCGGUGGCUGCUUAACUGUGUCUUGUGAGUGGCAGGGGCUGGCAGCAACGGGGGGGCGAUGAGCAGCGCGCCAAAGGGCUCCGGAGAGGGGCUGCUUAAAAUGGCGGCCGCUCAAGCGCUGCUGCUGCUGGCACUAACAAAGCCCAGCCCCCUUCCUCCUCUAGGCAGGGUGGGGAGAAGCCAGGAGGAGAGAGGGAGGAGGCGCUGCCGGCGCCGCCGUGUGAGGGAGAGGGAAAGAAUGCACGUGCUGGCAAUCCACGCGGCGAUUCCCAGACCAUCUGCAGGCCGGAUCCAGAAGGCAGUUGGGCCUGAUCUGGUCCGCAGGCUUUAGUUGGCCUACCCGUAGUCUAUAGGGAAUGAGGCAGUCUUUCAGAAAAUUGGGGGCUGUGUUGUUUACAGUUUUAAACACUAACAUGAACACAUUGAAUUAGGCCCGGAAAUGAACUGGCAACCAUGGCAGUGGUCUUAAGAUCCUAUUCUAUGCAGAAGUAAGUAGAUACUGGUGUUGGGGGGGGGCUGUGGCUGUGUGUGUACAGUACAGGCAGCCCCCAUUUACACACGUUCAAUAUGUGCACGACUGAGCAUUGCGGCACACCCAAUAGUGACCCAGAAACACAUAUUUUUGCCACUUUGUCACCCCCUCAGUGAUGACACUCAGGGCGGCCCACACCCACUGCACCCCCUUCCUAUGCCACUGCACUGAUGGUGCCUUUUGUCUAGUGUGGGUAGCCUUAAUCAUGAGAGAUAACUCAAGGCAUUUGUAGGAGUCCUCAACUUUUAUUUGUCAAGGGGCACGUUUGGAAAUUGAAUAAACUGUUGUAGCCGCUAUAAAGUGCCAGUUUCACACAAGAAAAAACUGGAGAUGCUGUGAAUCCCCCUUCCCAAAAACACAGACAUAACACUGUACACCCCAAGCAAAUAAAACACAGAAAAAAACACAGUCAACAUUCUCUAAGAAGCUAAAAAACUAAAUUUAAAAAAAUUAAGAGGGCAGGAGGAUUGGGGGGCACCAAGUCAGGUGCCUGAGAGUGCUGUCUUGCCCAUUGUUUUGCACUCAGAACCCCAGGUUAUACCUUUAGCUACUGUAUGAUUUUAUUUAUUUGUAUUUCUUAUCCGCUUUGUUUGCCAUAGUUCUAGGCUGGGUUAUAAUAAGUAAUAUGAGGCUAGCAUAUAAAUCUAUAUAAAUAACAAAUGCUUUACUCACAUAACAGCAAUUCAUUAUGUUAUCCAUAUAUUUAGGUAAAGGUAAAGGUACCCCUGCCCGUACAGGCCAGUCUUGACAGACUCUAGGGUUGUGCGCUCAUCUCACUCUAGAGGCCGGGAGCCAGCGCUGUCCGCAGACACUUCCGGGUCACGUGGCCAGCGUGACGAAGCUGCUCUGGCGAACCGGCACCAGAGCAGCACACGGAAUGCCGUUUACCUUCCCGCUAUAAAGCGGUCCCUAUUUAUCUACUUGCACCCGGGGGUGCUUUCGAACUGCUAGGUUGGCAGGCGCUGGGACCGAGCAACGGGAGCGCACCCCGCCGCGGGGAUUCGAACCGCCAACCAUGAGAUCGGCAAGUCCUAGGUGCUGAGGUUUUACCCACAGCGCCACCCGCGUCCCAUCCAUAUAUUUAUCUUCUCUUAAAAACUUCUAUUUGCACAGGAUACGGGCAUCAUGUGAUGUUUUAAAGAUGCUCAUCCAUUUUCUAAUGAUUGGUUGACAUCCUCACCUGAAGUUUUUAAGAUAACUCGGUGGAUUUGAUGUAUGAACUUGUGCUAAGCGAAUGAAUGGUAUCUUUUGUUCAUAGAGUGUAGUAAAAUCGAGACUUAUAUAAACCUGCACAGUACUAACCUUUUAAUGUAGUAGAAGUGGCCUUGGGUCAGGUAGCCCUCUGUAGCUUGGGGCUUCUAUUCCUAGCUACAGAGAUCAUUCUCAGAGCCCUGGAAUUGUUAGAUUAGAAGAUUUUUGUUCUGGGUUUGAGUUUCAUGUUUAAAGCCUUUCAUCAAUUCAUAAGUUUGCAAUCUCUUAUUUGUGUUUUUAUUUUAUAAAGGUGGCCGUGGUGGCUGCCACGACGCCCAGCUGUUAAGUGAGUGAGUGGUGUUUGUACUAUCAGCGGCAGGAACACCAUGCAUUCACCCGGGGGGGGGGGGAGAGGAAGAAAAGCUCCCCAACGUCCUUGAUAAUCAGAAAAAUUAGCAAGGACCAUUGUGAAAAGCCCUUGAAAUGAAAGCAGUACGUGGGUUAAUGUUUCAGCAUGAUAAAUCUCCCCUGGUUUAAAAGGGAUGGACUGAAUGAUAACGUUUUUCAAUUAGCCACAAGAAGGUUGUUAGAUGCGUCACAGCUGGUGAUUAAAAUGUUGUAUGGGGGAAAGUGGGUGGGAAGGAGAGCAGAACGCUCUGGAAAGAAAUAAAAUGCACAGAUCCCUUGAUAUAGGUUGCAGAGGCUUCCUUACCUAACUUGAUUGGAUUCAGAUAGUGAAGAAGGUUGCUUUUAAAAAAUGUAAGGUACUUCCAAAAUUCCAUACUCUGAAGGGCUAAAAUUCUGCCUUGCUCUCCCAUAUAGAGUAUAUUAGUCCAAAAGACAUCAUCAAAAACAAAGAAAAUCAAGGGACUUGUAGGUUGGAUUGCCUAUGUAUUUGGCUUUUUUAUAAUUGUGUACAAAAUCCACCCCUCCUCUUUACGGGCCCCUUGAUUCAUAAACUAUUUUUUUCUGGCUCAGAUUUCCCUGUGGGUUCAGAGUAGACUAAUUUCUGCCAACCACCCUGCACUUGGGUGACAAAUGGGGGGAAGCACGAGACUUGUUCCAUAUUAUGGCCAAUGCUUUUGUUGUUCUGAUUCAUAAACUAGCCAGCCUGAAACAACACAGGCAAUACAAACUGGCCUUAGUUUGUUUUGUUUGUUGCAUUUUCUGCAUGAAAAAAAACACAUUGAUGGAAAAUUUUAUUCAGUUUGAAGUGGGUCUCCCCCUUUUUAAAAAAUCAUCGGCAAGAGAUUCAUUCAGGAAUAAAAGACAUUAUUGGUGUUCUGAAAAUGCAUUUAAGGGUGAAACUAGUGUGUUUUUCUUCUUCCUCAGCCCAUCUAGGUGUGGACUGCAGUUUUUCAAACUAACCACCUGUGUUUUUUGGGUUGCUAUGAGGAGGUCUGGACCACUGUUCAUAAGGGGUGUUUCUGCACAGAGGCGAUGUGUCACUUCUUCACUGACCUUUCUAAAGCCUCUGCAGCCCAGGCUCAAAACCAUGUCCAUCUUGUGACAAAUUCAAACUCUGUUUCAUGUUCCGACCGAGGUUUCUGUUGCCCCCUCAGCCUGAAGGGGAGAGGAAGUUCUGCUACAGCUGGGUGCUGGGACUUCUGCUGCUGAUAAUCUGUUUUGUGAGUUGGCUGCUGAAAAGCAUAAGGGAGAGGGAGAGAACUGUCUCCCUCUUGAUGUAUUAAAAAAAAAAAAACCAGGGCUGGGUUUUAUAAGUUUAUAGCUAUGUCUUGUUUUUUUUACAGAGCUAUAAUCGUGGUGCUUAGAGUGAUCUGAAAGGAACAGAAACACUUAGCCUUGAACUUUUGUUCUGCUGCUUCUUCUUGUGCCUCUGAGGUACAAAACAUACCUGUAAACUUAUACUCUGUCAAACUGAUUUACCAGGGGGCUAAAUGGAGAUGGAAAGGAAACUUGGGAGGCAGUGGGUGAUUAAUUGGGACACACACACCCCUCUUAUUUGGAUAUACAGCAGCUCAGUUAGAUGGAUUCCAAACAGUCUGUUCUGUAGCUGGGGAAGAUGCAUCCGUUUUGGUCAUAUUAAGGAAGUGGGAAAUAGGGGGGUGUUUUGUGUGUUCAGUAGAAGAUUUUGGUGGUUAUACAAACAGGGGCCAAACUGAAUGGCCUGAACUUCAAGAACGACAUUUCUCAGGUAAACCCUCCAAAUCCCUACAAACUGAAGAUUACUGUUGUUUGCUAUUGUAGCUAAUCUUCUGCCCCCACCCUAAAAAUCACCAGCAUUGCUCAGAAAUUUUAAAAUGUUCUUUAGCAGCCUGUGUGCAUCCUUCAGAAGAAAACAAAACAACAACAACAAAAAACAGACUGUAUAUGUGCAUGUAGGGAUUUGUGCACACAUACUAAUUGAGAACAGAACACCAGCCAGUGACAGCUCUGUGCAAAUAGACAUGUUUCAGCAUCCAGCUAUGCAAAUAGCUGCACUGCAGAGCAAAAUCUGAAAAGCAUUAAUUGUGGCACUGUGACUGUUGCAUGGCAACAGUUGUGUUUGAACAAAUGACAGCUACUGCCCCUUGAUUUCUCUCUCUCGUACUUAGUGACAAACUGGAAUAAGAAGCAAUGAUGGCUGCCCUGGGGAAAGCUGUGGCAGGUGCUAUAAGAGCCCCAAAGUCAGGAGGCAGAGAGGUGAAAUCUGUUGCGGGUGACCUUUAGGCUCUUAAAAUUACAUGCACAACAGAAGAGGAAUGGAGCUCCUUGAUGAAUUGGGGGGGGGCUUUAUAGGGGCUAAGAUGUGUCAGAUCAACAAGGUAAAGUAAUAAAAAAGGAUAGCAGAAAUAAACCACCCUCAAUUUCCAAUGAAAGAUGUGUUUAUACUGGGAUUUUUAAAAGUUAGUAUUUUUAAAAAUGUGCAGGAAAAUCUAUGCAAGCUGGAGGCUCUCAAGAGUUUUGGAAAAGUGGAUCCUGCAAAGAGUUACUUUAUCUGCAAACAAGCAUAUGCAACAACCACCAUUUUGGAUGUUCUUUUGUUCUUACACAAAUGGGAGUUCUUCUGCAGUGUGUGAGCUUAGCUGAUCAAGAUCCAGAUUCGACAUCCCUACAUGCAUCAAGGCUUGCCAGGCAACAACCAUGAGAAUCCUUUUGUUGCUUUAAUAUUACUGCAGCUCUGAAGGAGGAUGCAGCUUCAGUUUCCACACUCACACUUCCCCCACCUGCUGCAGCCAGAGAAACUCUUGUUUUGACACACAGCAGCUGGGGGUGGAGGGUGCGUAAGAGGCCUAGGAGGAGAAACAGGAAAAGCCACAGCUGAAUCCUGUUUAAUGGCUGUGGCUCUACCCAAGAGAUGAGAAGGUUCUGCAGGUUGUGACCUAGUGGGGAACCCUACCUGUAUCCUAAUUGUUGCUAAGAAACCUUUUGACUGCAGUGUCUGGACCAGACUCAGUGAAAUGUCAUGAGUACAUCCCUUGUUCAUUUUAAAAACUAUUAAAUGAUCUUGAGGUGCUGCUAGACUAUUGCUAUUUUCAGAUGGGGUUCAGUCACAUACUGCCAAAUCAAGGAACACAAAUGUGGUUGAUUUGAUGCUCUUGUACAUCAAAUUACUUAAUCUUGUUUUUAAGUUGUAUUUUAAUCAAUUGUUUUUACCUGGUUUUAGCCGCCCUGAAUCCAGUCUUGGCUGGGGAGGGCAGGGUAUAAAUAAAAUUUAUUAUUAUUAUUAUUAUUAUUAUUAUUAUUAUUAUUAAAUGUGUUUUCCACAAAACUAGACCUUUUGUGAUGAGGAAAGUACUGUGAAAAUGGGGGGUAACCAUUGCUUGAUGUAAUAUUGUGUAAACUCCCUUCAAACAAAUCAGAAUGAUGUUGUCUAACCUCCUUGCAAGCUUUUUGCUAACAAAAAAUAGGAUGAAUGCUCAAUAAACAGGUCUAAGAAGUGACCUUAAUAAGCACAGUUCACCUUUUAUUUGGCCUCUUGAGACUGCAAUCCUAAGCAUACUUAAUUGGAAGCAAGUUCCAUUAAAAUCAAUGUGACUCUCAGUUAAAUAUGCUGGUGUGUUAGUCCUUUAAGUUUCCAGUAUUCUUCUAGUUUAACAAAUGAAAGAAAGCCCAACAGUGAUUGAACAGAACCCAGGGAAAUGCUGUUGAGAAGCCAUACUCUAUCCAGGAUCUUUAUAGCCCAGUUUAAGUACUUAAAUAUGGCUGCUGUCCUGACAACUGCUCAUGCUGGCUGAAGUUGAUGGGAGUUAUAGUUCAACAACAGGUACCACAUUGGUUACCCUUGCUUUGGACUGUGACAGGGUUUCAGUUAGGCCGAGGUUCUAUCAUUUUAGCUUACUGAUGAUAGUUGUUAAGUUUGCCUGACUUUCUCAAGGAUAGUUCAGAUAACCGAAUGGAAAGCUUGGUUUACAUCAUUAGUUCGGUCACUUUUUCCAUUGAUUCUUUCUUCAGUUUCUGUGGAACUGCUUGAUUGACAUUGUAAUUGAAUGUUGAUUUGACAUCUCAGUAUAAUUAGUAAACUAGAUUGAAAAAAAACUGUUUUCUAGGAUGAUGUCCUAUGCAUGCAUUUGUAUAUGUAUUGGACUGAACAAUUAUAUAUUUACUUAAGAUACUUCAUACCAUUCUGAUUCAGAGAUUGGCAAACACUAUUUAUGAAUGAGCUGGAGAGUAAGUUUCCAUGGAUUAUGUGGGCUUGCAAAAUAUUCAGAUACGAGGUUUAUGUACCCAAGAAUUAGAGCUCAGGUAAAGAGAAGCUACAAAAUAAGAGUAUAAGGUUCUACUUCAGGCAAUCUGAGCUCUAGUUGUCUCAUGUGGCAAACCUGUCUUUGGACUGUACCACUUCAGUAAAUGGUUAGAGAUUUAAAGUAAUUGAAUGCUCCUCCAUUCAAAAGAAAUGCACAUAGAAAACUAACAUGUUAGAGAGAAAGGCAAGCAUCCUUCUCCUAGCCAUCUAGUUUUCUAUACAUUUUUUUAAAUGGAGGAGCAUUCAAUAUUGUCGAGCCCCUAACAGAAAUCUGCAAUGGUACAGCUGAGAAACAGGAGUAUUCCCUCAUUUGUGAGAGAUAGGCCUGACCAAUCCUGCUAAGAAACUAAUGUGAAUGCUUUUUCUUUGGAAUCAGUAGCCAGCUUCUAAUAGCGGCUCUGUUCAGACAUGGUUUGGUACUAUAGUCAAACCUCGGAUCCUGAACACCUCCAUUUUGGAACGUUUUGGCUCCUGAACACCGAAAACCCAGAAGUAAAUGCUCUGGUUUUUUAACGUUUUUCGGAAGCCAAACAUCCGGCGCGGCUUCCACUUGAGUGCAGGAAGCUCCUGCAACCAAUCGGAAGCCUUGGUUGUCGAAUAUUUCAGAAGCCAAAUGGGCUUCUGGAACGGAUUACAUUCGACAAACGGGGUUUGACUGUAUUUGAACAAGCUUUGUGUUCACACACAACUCUAUUCCCUCCCAUACUCAGGUUCAGUUAGUUUCCUUCUCUUUAGCACACACGAUAGUCCAUAGCUCUCCUCUGUUCAGAUGCCAUUUCAUCAGAGUACAAACUAUAGUUUCUGUGCUUGCUCUCCAAGAUUGUACACUAUGGUUCAAAACUUGUUUGUAUUCCUGCUUGGAGGAUAGGUGUGAACCACAGUUUGCCAGAUUAGAUGUGAUGGCAAACUGUGAUUUGUCCUAAAGAGGAAGUAACUAACUGACGUGGGGCACAAGGAGGAGGAAAACAUGAGCACAAGGCCAUGUCACCCAGGUUGCCAUUAACAUAUGAACCGCUUCAGUAGUGCAGCUCCUGAGUUCAAUAAUGAGAGUGAAUAAUUUUUCAUGCACUUCCCAAAGACAGAAAGGUUGAUCGUUUUAUUCAGUAGCUGUCAAGAGAUAAUACUGCUCACUCUCUAGGAUGAUGUAUCUUCUCUACCAGCAGCCUAGCCACUGAAUUAUAUAAGUUAUAUAUAAAUCAGAACCUGGCUACCUACUUUGGGGGCAGGAGGGAAAAGAUUGAUAGGGAUGUUUAUUGAUGCUUUGCUGUUCUCAAACACUCCAGCUGCCAUCCCCCAGCCCCUUGCUGUCCUCAGGGCUGCCACCUCCUUCCACACCUGUUGAGUUAAUUAUUAUUCAAAACAGCUCUUUCAAAUCUUCAUGUUUAUGGAAUUGUGGUGGCUGAUGCAGAGAGGGCAAAUGCUAUUGUCUAUAGGUUGGCUAUUCAGUCUAAGUAUGUUAAGGAUCUUGUAUAUAUAGCUGUUAUAAAGACUAUUCAUUUUGGGUGUCUGUCUCUUCCUAAACUCCUGCCCCUGUGAAGCUGUUGAGGACUUGCACCAAAUUUGGGAAGAGAAUAUUUAUUUUAUCACUUACAGAGAUAUUUGGCCUUCCCUUCGGCCAGAUUCCCAGAGCAGUGAUGGCAGUCUGUUCAUUGCCUGAAAUGGGGAAAUGUCUGCAGGGAAAUGGGGAAUCUGGUACAGUCGUACCUUGGAAGUCGAACGGAAUCUCUUCUGGAAGUUCGUUCGACUUCCAAAACGUUCGAAAACCAAAGUGUGGCUUCUGAUUGGCUGCAGGAAGCUCCUGCAGCCAAUCAGAAGCCAUGGAAGCCUUGUCGAACAUUCGGGUUCCAAAAAUAGUUUGCAAACUGGAACAGUCACUUCUGGGUUUGCAACAUUCGGGAGCCGAAAACGUUCGACUCACAAGACGUUCGAAAGCCAAGUUAUGACUGUAGUUGUUUUCCAGCUAGUUCAGAUUGGUUUCCCCUAGAACCAAUUUUUCUAAGGGACAAAUGUGAACGGAUAAAGCAAGGUUUGUCCCAAUAACUAUUCAGUGUUUAAUAUACUGAGGCUAUAGGUGAGCCAUGAGGAGAAAAGGGAGAAAUGACAAACAUAAUCUUGAGCUUUUGCUUUAGUUGCCUGCUCAUUUUAGGUAGACAAUUGGAGCUGCCAUCUUCGUAGAGCAUGCAAUGUAGGGGAGCAGAAAGGAGAGAGAGAGUUGUGAAGAUUUGCAGUGUAAAAUGAUUUGCUACCCAACUUUACUGAUUCUUUCUCUCUCCCUCUCUCUAGUGAGGACGCUGCAGAUUGUCUUGGCCAGCCGAAAUCUCCAUUGGAAAAAUUUAUGGUCAGACUGUGCACGUACCAUCAGAAGCACUUCGUCCGUGUCUUAAACGACAUUUGCACUGAAGUACAGACAGGCUGUGAGGGACAGCAGUUACCUGGAGCAGAAAACAUGGAUGUGUCCACUUGUAGCUCUGGCUGCAGCCAGUAUCGCACUGAGAACCAGGAGCUUGGAACUUCUUGCUCUGAAUCAAAGCUCCCUUCUUCCCUGGACACAGAGCAAUCAGGGUCUCAUGGCUCUCUGCGCAAACUUUGCCAUGCCCUGAAGCAGGCUGUGGAUCUGAAAUCUACAGAUAGAAGGGAAAACUGCAGCCCAGUUGUCCGAAGAGACUUCCCUGAGCUUCCUAGCGUUAGAACAAGUUCUGCAAGUCCCAGGGACAGUCCCUCUCAAGGAUACCUCACUGCCUCCAAUUCCCAUCACUCUGCUAAAAGUAUGGAAGGCCAAGCCCUUGGUAGUGACCAAGAGAUGGGGGGUAGGAAAGGUGAGGAUGACAAAGACCAGGUGCAAAAUAGAGCUUUGCUGGGAGGCUACAAUGCUGUGAAAGCAACAAACAUACACAUGAGUGAAGACGGUCUGGUGGGCUCCCAGAAGAACACUUUUAAAGCUUUCCCAGAGGAAACACGAGAGCCAGGCUUCACCACCAACUCCCCUAGGAGAGCAGACAAAGAGAAUGCCUUGCAGUGCAGCUCCAAAGCCUCUUUGCACCCGGAUACUGAAAUGAAUGACCAAGAAGCAAGACUGAAGGCAGAGAACCACCUCCAGGCUUCAGGGAAAAGCAAGGGGAGCUAUAACAUGCAACCUGUUGACAAGACCCAUGUGGAGAAUGCCAAGGACGGCUGGCUAUCCAAUAGCCCUGUGCCAGUGGUUCACCACAAAACCACCAGUGGACACUCCAGGACCAAGAGUAACUCAUCCUCCACCAAAAGCACACGUAAGAGCAAAAGGCCUUCAGGGUUGCGAAUUAAUGACUAUGACAACCAAUGCGAUGUUGUUUAUAUCAGCCAGCCAAUUACAGAGUGCCACUUUGAGAGCAAGAGGGUGGUCUCCUCUAGGAAGACGGCAAGGAAGAGCACUCGUGGAUACUACUACAACGGUGAGUGCUGUGAGAUUCCCACAGUUCGCACCUUGGCCAAGACUUCCCAUGUACAGGAGAGUGGGAACACACUGGCAUCAAGGCCUGAGGUGCUGACAAGCCCUAGCCAGGGAGCUUCUCUUCCGAGUGAUAGCUGCUUAGCAGCAGCCCAGGCCAUGAGUGGUGAUGGUGACAAAAGACCUGCUGUGGCCGUCCCUCAAGGAGAUGCCUCCAACAACAGUACUCAGGAGGGAGAUGAGAUACUUCCGGCUGAGAAGGCCGCUCCUGAGGUAAGUUUUGUGAAGGAGAGAGAAGACAGUUCUGCUGAAGCAUCCACAAUUGCUCUCUCCCCGCUACCCAGCCUUGUUUUGCGUGUAGAGAAAGGCAGCCUGUCCAAUACUUCACUGCAGACCACUCUUGUCUCUCCCUGCCAACUGAGCAAAGGGGAGCCACAGGACGAAAUGGACAUGGACACUGUGCAGAAGGCUGGCAAUGGCACAGACUCUUGUAAGAGUAGCAGACCCAAUGAAGACAGUGGCAACACAGGAGAAUCUGUGGUGUUGUCUGCUUCAGAGGUUGCCAAUGGUGAGGAAAGUGCCAUGUUCUCAGAGACCGAGGCUAUCCCUGAGCCUUCCAUUCUUCCAGACCAGGUGCCUCCUGACAGCAUGGCCCUUCAGCCCCCUGAAGACCUUUCCCCUGGAAUGGACUUGAUGCCUCCACUGGAGGAGCCUGCCCCUGUUGAACACUUGCCACCAUUUGUAGAACUACCUUCUGAUGUGGAACCCCCACUUCUUUCCCCUAUAGACCUGGCAGAACCUCCUGCCCUUGUCCGUCUGGAGCCUUCCAUAGCCUUCCCUGGUGAACUCCCUCCUAUCACAGAGCAUAUGUGUCCAGGGGAACCUGUUGCCAGUUCAAGGGCAGUGUCUCCUGGCAUUGUGGUGUCUGAGCCUCCUGCCCAUAUUGACCUAGAGGCUCCUUCAGGGGCUCCUUCUAUAGAAUCUCCAGUGGUGGGACCUGGCAAGUUAGAUACGGAGCUCUCACAGCCACUUUCUGACUUGGAUGCUGCAGAGCUCCCUGGCAGCUUGCAGGGUGCAGAUGCACAUGAAAGUAUUAAUACUCAAAAUAGCAUUGAAGGGAUUCUGGACUCAGGUGGAAUCCACUCUGGGGAAAGUGAGACUGUGUUGCCUGUUGCAGAUAAUGAUGAAGAUUGGGGAGAGGGAACAGUAAAAGAUACAAGUGAAACAAGCAAGGUGGAUGAUGGAAAGGAACUUGAUAGCGAAGCUCCAGCAGUGCCCCAAACAUCAGAAGUGGACAACAAGGAGGGAGCUUCUUCCAAAACAAGCCCGGACAAAAAACGAAAGCGGGAGAAAAAACCUCAGGUUGUAUCCGAUCGCUGUCUUCGAAGCCAGCAAUCCCUGUCAUCUGCAGAGGAUAGUCCUGAGCAAUCAACUUCUUCCAUGUCUCUACAGCCUCCUCAAGUUCAGAUCAAGCUUUCUAAAAGCCCUGGUGCUAAGCGUUUCAAGAGGGAGGUGCAACUUGACGGUGCAGCAUCGCUGUGUUUCCCAAAUGAUGGGUUCCAGGAAACACUGCUAAACAACAUUGGGAAUUCUUCUGAGCAGCAGCCAGGUGACAGAAAUGACAUCACAAUGGGACAGGCCUCUCAGACACAGUUAGCGAAAAAGACCAUAGUAGAGGAAGACCAGAAUGGAGAAGGAAACAAGGACAAGGCAGGGGCAAUGCUUGAAAUUUGCUUAGAGGGUGAUUCUGAUAGGAGAAGUGUUCACGUCCCAGCAGAGACCUCUGAUAAGGGUGAAAAGCAGUCAGAUUUGACAUCAGGCACUCCAGAUAACUUUGACAGUAUGAUGGAGGUUACAGAGGAGUUGCACACCCAGCAUGGGCCCAGUUCUGUUAGCAGGAGUGAAAGCAAGCUUGUGCCAUCAGAGAGAUCAGUAAAAUCUAAGAAGCCAGCUCUCCAGUUCUACAACCUGAGGCACACCCCUGCCCCAACCCCUGUGGCCACUGCCUCCAAAAACACUUCCGGAAAAGAAACCGUACAAGGAGAUUCUAAUGCUGUGACUAUACAAGCAGGCUGUAAUGUCACAGACCAAGAAAAUGCACAGAGUGAAGACACCGUUGGCUUCAGUAGCAUGGAAGUGCUCUCUGACAACAAGCCCAGUUUUGUGGAAUGGUGUGCUGAGGAAGAGAACCAAGAACUCAUCACUAACUUUAACACUCAGUACAUGAAGGUCCAGAAAGGGUGGAUUCAGCUGGAGAAAGAGGCUCAGCCAGCUCCAAAGGUCAAGAAUAAAUCCGACAAACUGAAAGAGAUCUGGAAAAGCAAGAAGAGGACCCGCAAAUUAAAAGGGCCCACGGAAGGCCAGAAGCUCUCCCCGGUUCAGAUGCUGUUCAUGAAGGGGUUUGACAUGUCCAACAUCUGCAAGUGGUUUAUGGAGACCACUGAAACCAAGUCUCUGGUCAUUGUGAAGAAGAUGAACACCCGUCUCCCGGGGGACAUCCCCCUCAUCAAGCUUCCACUCCAGAAGGGCUGUUAUUCCGGCAGCUACCCUAGCUCCCUUCAAGCUGAGCGCCUGAAGAAACACUUGAAGAAGUUUGCUGCUAUGACCCCGGCCAAAAACACCAUCAAGAUUCAGAGGCUGUGGGCUAAGCUUCGAGAUGGCUCUGAGGACAAAGAGCCCGAGCAGGCUGCCAGUUCGAAGCAGAUGCCUCCCUCCGAAGUAAGUGUGGAGCACAAAGCCGAAGCCAAGAGCACCCAGCCUCCCAGCACGCCUGUGCAAACCAGCUCUCGCAUCCUGAGGAAGUACUCCAACUUGCGAGGCAAACUCAACGCCAUACGCAAGGUGGCCAAGCAGGACAAGAACGACGGCGUGACCAAGCACCCCUCUGCUGAAAGCAAGCCGAGCGGGAAGAGCCUGUGCAUUAAGCCCCUGGUGUCUCCGAAACUGGCCCAGCAGGUCCAAGCCCCCCCACUUGCGACUAAGACAAGCCUGGUUGAAAGAGGAGGGAAGGGGCGAAAGGCGAAAGGCAAGAUACAGGAGGACACCUCAUCCAAAGGCCACCUUCAGCAAACCAGGAAGAAGUCGCCGACCGAGAGCAGCAGGUCACAGAGGCUGUUGAGUACCUCGAGCAAAGAAAGGCUUCCUCUUAAGAAAGCCAGUAAACCGAAGCCUGCAGGGCCUCCUGCUACCAGGAAGCAGGCGGCUGCUGACAAGAGUCAUAAGCCUGUGUCUGGGAACGAGAAGGCAAAGAAGCUGAAUGACUUGCGACCUGGGAAAAGGAAGCCCUCCGUCCAGAAGGGGAAAGCCAAGGCCGGUCAAAAGGCAAGUCUGCCUUCCAGGCAAGAAGGGCUUGCUAAGCCUCCCAAGCAGAAAGCGGUGCAAGACUCCAGCAGCCGACCUCCCAAAGUGGCUGCCCAAAAGGCAAGCAGUGGCAAAGCCUUGACUAGGUCAAUGAAGCGAAUUCAGGAGAGCAGCAGAGCCCAGGGCAAGAGGAAGCUGAGGGCAAGCAAAGACUCUUCACCCAGCAAACGCAGAUGUCUGGAUGCAAAGUAACUGGCUGGGGUUGGGGGUGGGUAGGAGGUGGGUCACGGAAAUACUUCCUAAUACAUUAAACAGAUCCACUUCUGAACAUUGUGGGGAGGGUGGCAAGUGUUUAGCCGAAGGCCAACCCCCCGCUCUCAGAUGACGAGGAGCCCCCUAGCUGUGUUGCAGCCAGAAGGAGAAGCUAUUAUUCUCUGCCCUUGAGAAGGAAAGUUGCUGCUUCUGAAAGCUCCUUGAGUGGAACUAGGAGUUUGGCAGUUUCAGUUCGAAGUACAGUGCCUUAUUUAUCCUUUUAGGAACUGAAUAAAUUAAUCUGUGUGAU